GAGACACAGAAGGAGGAGGGUAGGUGGGUGGUUAUUGUUUUUUUUUUUUUUCUUGUUUCCUGGUCUAGUUUUCUGUAAACGAGGAAACACUAAAGAAAGCUAUUUUCUACCUUAUGUGUUUUGCUGCCUUGGAAUAUUUUUACUUUUUUCAGAUUUUUUUUUUUAUUUGUAAGAAUUCCGCUGCAGCCGGAAAUCAUCAUCAUAGUGAGAAUAGAACAGCAAAUCUCUUCCUGCUGCCAAACUCUGCCAGGACUCAGCAUCUUUCCUCCUCCUGGGCCCGGACUCAUACACACAGGGGAGCCCGGGCUGUGCUGGAGGGGCUCUCGGCUUGCAGUGGAUCUCGGGGCCGGGGCUGAGCUGCAAGACCCGGGCAUAUCAGCAUGAUUCACUCCCCGAUGCAGACCGGCCUGCCUGGUAUGCAGGUAAGAGCUGGCUGACCCUCUCCCCCAUGCCAUGCAGGUCACCCAACACAUUGGCAGCCAGGUCUGCUGCCCCCAGCCUUCACAGGGACACUAGGGGCAGGUAGAUCACCCCACUGACCAGACUGUGUGCAGAGCAGGGCCUAUCAAUGUCAUGGAUGUACUUUACACACUGCAUUUCUCCUCUCACUCCUCCCCAUGGCAGAUUAGAAGAGUGGGGUCAGGGCAUGUGUCACUAGGCUGCAUGUUAAAGUCCCAGUGAAGAGUUCAUUUAACCCUUUCAACACUGAGGGGUGGGGGGCUGUCUGCAUUUGAUUGCAUUACUUUCUAGCCUUCCUAGCGCAACAAGGGUUAAAUAAUUACCUUAGCCCACCCUCCUGUAUUGUAAUAGUGGCACUGGUAAUCUGUUCAGUUAAUAUUUGAUAAGAUUGCCAAUUCCUGUGUGCAGAAGGUAAUUAAUUUGAAAAUUGCAAAGUUUAAAAUGAUUUAACAUUUUGAUACAAAUCUGACCUGUGAAGUCUUCUGUCUGCCCCCUUUAUACGUUUUUAUGUGUUUUGAAUAAUAGAUCAGUACUUGUUUUAACAUUCUAGACUAGAAUGCAAUUUUGUUAUGUGUAAAUUCCUUCCAUUGAGGCUUGUUUACAGUAAUAUUUUAGGUUAUAAUGUGUGGUCACUAGUUAAUAACUGUGUGCUUAUUUUUCAUAACAUAGCUCAUAUACUAUUUUUAAUAACUGGGAUUGUGCCACCCUACUUUAUCUAAACCUAGAAAUCGGUCUAAUUUAUCAGACAUAACAAAAAAAAGUUGACUAGCUACACUAGCGGAAGCACUUUUUUAAAUUUAUUUAUUUAAACAAAAGUCCUUGUAAGUUUAAACAUCUGGACUUGCAGUAUUGCACAAUUUGUGGUUUUACACUACCAGAUGUGCUUUACUCCAUUCUAUGAGAUUAGUAUAAGCUUUGGUCAGCCUAGGCUGUCCGGUUUUAACCCCUUUAUGGCUGUAAGGCCAUGUAUCAGGAGGCUUUCUUGGUGUGGAGGAGUGGCUUCCUGUGUAUUUAUCUGCAUGGUGCAUCAGAGUCUGUAUUAAACAAGCGGAAGAAGCAUUUAAUUGCAUAGGGCUGGAUUGCUAACACGUUUAACAGGUCAUUGUAUGAUGAUCAGUUGAGUAACAGGUGUAUGGUUGGGAGAUUUGUAUAAUUUAAAGGUGUAGUUGUGAGUCACUCGCAUAUCUGCAUAAUUAGUAUGUACAUUAAGAGCUAAGCAUAGUAAUUGUUUAACCUCCUUUUAAGGCAUGGUGUUUGAAGGUGCUGUCAGGUAGAGCUUCUGAGGGUGUCUGCCACACACAUUUAAUAAAUAUAUAUAUAUAUAUAUAUAUAUAUAUAUAUAUAUAUAUAUAUAUAUAUAUAUAUAUAAAAAAAAUUUGGAUUUCAAUUUGUUUCAGUUUGAGUUAAGAAGUGACCAAUCUUUAAACUUUAAAAUAUAAUGGACUGUCAGCCAAAUGGCAAAAUCCAUGACAAAAUAGUCAAUCUGUGUCUACAACUGAUUAGGUGAUUUUUAAAAAUAUAUUUAUUUAUUGCGUAUUAGCAAGCUAAAUGUGAAUUUAUAUUUGUAAGCCUGAAGAGCUAAAAAGGGCAGGAUAGCUGUCUUGGAUUAAUUCACAAUUCAUCUGUUUUGGACCAGAAUAAGACAUUCACUUUGAAUUAAUUUAAAAGACAAUAAUAGUCAAUAGUAAAAGUUCAGCUGAAUCUGUAAAUGUGGGUUCCCAGGAUGAUCCCCCAAAAAAGCAGGACUCAAAUAUAUAAGUACAGAAAUGCAACCAGUGAAUGUGAGAUGUGUUCAUGAUAUUAUCGGCAAGCACAUCUACUAUUUUUUUUUUUUUUUAAAUCACACCUCUUUAAUUAUAUAUAAUUAGUAUUUUCAUAGCACCAACAUAUUCCACCGACCUUUACAUUUAUAGAAUAAGCAUAUAUAACAGCAAGUAAUUGUCAAAGUAAUGUCAACUCUGCUCAAACGAGGUUAAAGGACCACUCUAGAUACUGUAACCAUUCAUCUCACUGAUGUAGUUGUAGUGCCUGGAGUCUUCUGGUGCUGAUCCUAUACAGUAUUCAGUUUUGAACCGUGUAACACAGAAUGAGCGGGCCUUGUCAUCCAUAGCCUAGUAGUCCAUACCGGAUGUAUGGUUAAAGGGAUACUAAAUAAUUAGGUAUUAAAACAGCUUUAGCUUAAUGAAGCAGUUUGGGUGUUUUGAUCAUGCCCUUGCUGUCACAUUGUUCAAUUCUCUGCCAUUUAGGGGUUAAAUCAAUUGUGUGAUUUAUUCAGCCCUAGCCACACCUCCCCUUACAGUGACUGACACAAUCCACAUGAAAAUAAUGGUUUCCUUUUCAAUCAGAAUUUAACUUACUUUAGAGGUGUAUAUCUCCUGCUCUGUAAAUUGAACUUUAACCACAUACAAGAGGCUCCUGCAGGAUCUACAGAAGAUAAGAAAUUCUACAUUUAAAAGAACACUCCACUGCAAAAAUGUGGAAAAAACAUCACUAUUCAGUCGAUAUAUCCCCAUGAAUCCAUGCAUUAAUUUUUCAUGCAUGUAUUCAUUGGGGGUAUAUCUUAAAAGGGCUUGCAAAGGCUGCAGAUCUUAUGAACUGCAGCCUUGGCAAGCAUUCCCCUUUAUUCCCGGAAGGGACUUUCAGUCGCUUCACAGGGUAGUAACCAAUUAGAGGCUUCUCAUUGAGAGCCUCUAAAUUGGCGCCCUCGUGCAGUGCUCUGUUGCAUGUGUGCGUGCCGGAGGCAAGGGAGGAGGCAGGCACGCUCAAGAAGAGCAUCAGCUAGUGCACAGAGGAGCUAAGGGAAGGAGACACCAAAUCUCCAUGGCUGUUUUGAUUGAUAGCCAGGGCGUGUUCCAUAGUUUAUUCGUAAAAGUGCAGAUUUUUCAUAGAAAUUGACACUUAUAUAAAUUGGGGUUAAACUAGGAUAUCCCUCACCUGUAAAUUGCUUUGGGUGUGCAUAGUGGUCCUUUAACCCCUUAAGGACCAAACUUCUGGAAUAAAAGGGAAUCAUGACAUGUCACACAUGUCAUGUGUCCUUAAGGGGUUAAACAGACUGUGCAAAAAGGGAAGUGUAAACAUUAAAUGUCUCCUUACAGGAAGUGGUUAGGAGGGCUGUGCAAUUCACAUACAGUGAGGUGUGAGUAGGGCUGCAUAAACAAAGUGAUGUAACUCCUAAGUAGCACUUACCUGAAUCCAGCAACGAUGUCCCUCGGCAUGGGGUCAUGCCCCGCUGAUGUCAGCCAGCGGGGGGGACAUCAUGUACAUGCGCGGCAAUGGCUGCGCACAUUAGACCUACCCAUAGGAAAGCAUUAUUCCAUAGGAAAGCAUUAUUCAUUGCUUUCCUAUGGGUAAAAACUGACGCUGGAGGUCCUCAUGCAGAGUGUGAGGAUGUCCAGCGGCAGAUAACGGACCAAAAGUAUGUUUGGAUUCUGGAAGUGCCCCCAGUGGCUGUUUGGUAGACAGCCACUGAGGGCAGGCUAGAGCUGCAAUGUAAACAUUGCAGUUCUCUGGAACUGCAAUGUUUUACAUUUCAGCACUAAGUGCAAUAGGGACAAUGCACCCAGACAAUUACCUGAAGUAGUCUGGGUGCCUACAGUGUCCCCUUAAAUCAGAGAUUACUCUCUUCCUUAGUCAUCGUAAUUUAUACCAGCAAUGGGCAGCUUAUGAUAGGCUAAGAUGGUCAGCUGACACUCUCUCAACUAAUAUCCAUAAAUUAAUAUUUAAUUGCUUCCUCAUUAAACCCGAGCAUCACAGAGUAGCUGGGCUGAUAUCAUUUAUGGUUAAAUCAUUCAAAAACAGUUUAACAUUGAACAGAGAGACAUUUCUUUAAUGAGUGGGAAUGCUUACAGUGCCCCAAAUAUGCCUUUAAAACUUUUUUGGCUUAUUUCAGUUUUUGCAUAUGUGUAUUUGUGUACAUAUAUAUUUCAUUUGGACAUCCAUUUUGUGGUAGACUCAUAAAUUUGACCUUUAGCUCUCACCAUCUUUGUUUAUCAGUAGUAGUAGUAGUAGUUUGGAUUUAUUGUACUCAAUUUGGGAACUAAACAUUUGCAGAAUCUCUGCUUUGUUCCUCGUCUUAAAAAUGCUGCAUCAAUAUUCAGUGACCUGUUGAACGUUCUUAUUACCCCUCCUUGUGAAGAUGUCAGGACAUGUUUACAACCUUAAAUAGAUGUAAUAAAUUAAUCUGAAAAAAAUCAUCAUACAAAUUAAGUCAAGAUGAAUUUCUGCUUCAACGUAUGCAUUUUGGGAAGGCGACUGUUCACUUUUAACCUUAGAGGAACAUAAUAGUCGUAGGAAUGCAAACACAAUAGUGUCCCUCUGCCUCUGUUCCACAACCUUCCUCUCCCCCCAUAAUGAAAGAUUAAAAACCCUAUUCUUUCAAUUGCCUUAUUUGGUCUCCUCCUCCCACGACAUCACGGCAAUGAGGCAACCUAAUGUGCAUGUGGAGCUUGCCAUGCAUGCGCAUUAGGUUCCCCCAUCGCCGUGAUGUUGCGAGAGGAGGAGACCAAAUUGAAUGAAUGCUCUCCUAUGGAGAUUUUCAAGACAAUGGGUGUCCUCAUGCAAAUUGUGCAGAAACAGCUAUGUUUACCUCGCAGGGUUAAACACACAUCCAGUGACUGUUACACUGACAGCCAUUGGUGGAACAUUUGGGGUAAUGACAGAGAAACAUUUGGUCAUGUGACACGGAAGCCCACAUAGGAAACCGCUGAUUUAUUGUUUUAUUAGGGGGAAGCUUGGAUGUGCUUGCAAAGCAUGCGCAUCAGGUCCCCAAUGCUGUUCUAUGAGGAACAUUGGAUGGGACCACAUUGGAGGAGGCCAGCAGCCAAAAGGUGAGUAAAAAGCCUAAUUCUAUUAUUUUUUGGGACACGUGGGGGACCUAAUUUAAAAGGGGCCAUGACAUUAUAGUAUUAGGAAUACAGGUCUGUAUUUCUAAUGCUUUAGUGUUCUUUUAAUAACCUCAUGCCCUUGUUGAAAACAAAAAGCACAAGGUUGAAAAACAAACUAGAAUUUUUGUAUUUAGUUGUGAAAACAUAUACAAACACCCUACAACAUAGUACACACAUUUGUUAAAUUACGUGUUUUAUUAUACUGUUGCAAAAAUCACCUGGCUCACAGUGCGUUGCUGUUAUUGCUGAAAUAUUACAGUGGAACUCUGUGGGAAUUAUAUAUACAAUUGCUGCAUUCACUCUUGCACCAGCUCUGUGCAGAUGCCCAAUUUUCUAGUGCAUAAAACUGGAAGAAAAUAAGCUGCCAUUUCUUUUUGGUUUUCCCCCCGACACUCACCUGUCAUGGAAAACCUGACAAACUGACAGUCUGACAGAAAGGCAUUCUUUUGAACUUUUCUUUUUUCUCUAAUACUUUGGAAACAAUACAUUUGUAAACCAUAAAAAAUGGAAUGGGAACAUAACAUGAUGGAAGAGGUUUAGAAAGGAAUACAGAGAUAGCCAGAAAAAUGUAUACAUUUCAGGGACAUAGAUUUGAGAGAUUCCAUGCUCUGCUUCGCUUGUCUAUGUUCUUUUAAUUUCUUUUUUUUUUUCUUUAUUUUUGUAGUGCAUAAGCUUUGAACAGAUGCAUGUGAGGUACCCCAAAGGCAAUCCUCCAGCUGAUAAUUAACAGUUGAACAUAGAGGUACAUGUUAAAUCUAGCACAUUUUUUAUAUAGGGAUAGGAUAGGUGCUAAACAAUAUAUGUUUUCGUCGCUUAGGGUGCUUAGGUAUUCUCAUAACACAAUGCCACAGCGCUUUACUAUCUAGUUAUGAUAUUAUUAUGCUGUGUCAAGAACUAGUAUGUGCAUAUAAGCUAAGUGUAGAAUUAAGAGUUUACAACACUUUCAGGUACCUGCACAUAGACUAUGUGCUGCAGGGUUGAAACACGUUGUGCUGUAUGCUUGCUAAUUCCAUGCUAAUGGCAGGUAAGUGCCUAUAUCCAAUUAUACAUUGCAGCUUUAUAGUUUUUACCACGCUUAUUAUUUGCCACACUCUGCUUAAAGGACCAUGCUUACAUAGCUUGAGUUGCGAAUGUAUUAUAAGCCUGCAAAAUUAAGGCAGAGACAGGGAAAAACAUAAUGAAGCUGGAACACAUCACUAGCUAUAUUACCAGGUUAGUGCUUUGAAAUUAUUCAGGCUAUGUCUAGGUCACAUUAGUGGAAUUUCACCCUGGUUAAUCGGCCCAGAGGGCUGCCAUCAUGGUGGUCCCGAGACCUCACAGACAGGGGGAGUCCCGCCACUACCCGAUACCUGCUCUGCUGUUUCUGAGUAGCUGGGAGUGAGUGUCAAUCAGAGCAGGCUUUAGGGCACAGUCCCUUCAUGUUGUGCAUUGGGUUGCUUGCUGUGAUCUCUUGCGUUUUCGCUGUAGCUUGUUGCGCUUGCCUCUCUUGUUCAUCCGGGGGCUGGUGACCGCCAUUGUAGAGGGUUUGGUGAUGGCUGCUCGGGUAUGCUGGUUUCUGUGUCGCCUCAGUGCAGGCUGGUUUGGAGUAAAUUGUGGAUGGCUGGAGUCUCUGCCAGCUCCAUCCCAGCGCAAAGCAGGAGGCACUGGGGUCGUGUUCCAUGUCCAGGCGUGGGGAGAGUCCCUUGAGAUAACCCCAUGAGUUCCACUGGGUCCUAAUGUCCCGCCGUGUCAUCCCAGUUGCUGGGUAUGUUUGCCUUGCCUUGUUAGCCUUGAUGUGCUGUCGAGGGCUGUAGCACCAUGCGGUCUGUGGGUUAAGUUGAUUGUCCUGUUUGUUCUUCCAGCCCUGGUCGUUAGUGAGGCUUGCUUGCACAGUGCGCUUCUGGGGUUGCAGCUUUGGCAUGGGCAUGUGGAGGAAGUGCUGGCUGUUAUGGUCCUCUCCUGUCAGCUUACUUGUUCCAGAGUCGUUUCGUGGGGGCUUGAGAGCCCUCAGGGACACCCGUGUUAACAGCUCCGGUUUUGAGCACAGAGGGAUCACCGUCUCGGUCGGUGCAGUUGCUGUGCAGCCGUCGGCCAUUUUGAUGAGACCGCGUGGGAGACUCACUUCUCAAGCUUUGGGCCAUCCAGGUGAGAUGCUUAGGCGGUAGCCUGCCUGGUGUGGACCGGGAUGACCCCCCCGGCCCAUGGGGGGGGGAAACGGGACCAGGAAGGCACCAGCCAGAUGGUAGUUCGCCGUAGUCGGGGUGGAGAGCGAGGCAGCGGCCGUCUGCCCCUCUCCCCUCCCGGGUAGGCCUCAAUCUCCGAGCCCCGGAGUCUCUCACCAGGACCUAGAGCCACCCUGCAGCGGGCGCCCCAGCUACACCGGGACACUCCAGAGCUUCGUGCCACGGACCCCCGGGUCUGUAUAAGCCGAGUAAGGUGGGUAUAUUCCAUAGUUUCCUCUGUUUGCUCGGGAGCCUGUGUGAUAUGCAGCCUGCUGGCAUGGCCGCCCGGCCCCGCCCCCCGUUCUUUUAAUUUCUUAAACGAUUGAAGACUAGGGGAGAGUCUGAUGGCGGUAGGCAGGCUAUUAUAUAAGAAGGAAACCGCCCGCGAGAAGUCCUGCGAGCAACGGACAGGAGAAGGUCACGGGCAGAGCGGAGAGACAGAGAAGGGGCAUACCUACGGAUCUGUGAAGAGAUAUAAGAGGGGCUAGAAUUGGUCAGUGCUUUAUAGGUAUGGGUUAGCACUUUGAAUUGACUCCUAUAGGAUACAGGAAGAUGCACUGGUGGGCAUGCUCUGUAGUGCGUCUUCUCUUACCGACCAAUUCGAUUUAUGACUGAGUACAGUGCCUGUACACACUAAAGCAAUAAAAAAAAAAAUACUAAAUACUAAAUUCAUUCAGACAUCAAGAGAUAGAGGCAGGGAGAUGUCGAGGGCAGAUUGUGAUGGAGGCGGGUCGAGGGCAGAUUGCGUUGUGGGCCGGGAGAGCUUGAUGGCUGAUUGCGAUGUAUGUCGGGAGAGGUCGAGGGCAGAUUGCGUUGUGGGCCGGGAGAGGUCCAGGGCAGAUUGCGCUGUAGGGUGGGAGAGGUCGAGGACAGAUUGCGAUGGAGGCAGGGAGAAGUCGAGGGCAGAUUGCGAUGCAGAUUGCGAUGUAGGCCAGGAAAAGGUUAAAAACUUAUUCUGAUGAAGUUUAAGAGGGGGUUAUGAUGGAUACCUUAAACUGAAUUUGCUUUUUCAAGAUCCAAAGCUUUUGAGUUGCAGAUUAUAAAUGGGUUAAUUUUAUAUUCAUACAAAUGUAGUUACUGUAAUUCCCUUUCUUCAAAAUGCAUAAACCACAUCAUAGUUAGAAAAUAAAUGAAUACUUCAUGUAAGUGUUUGGCUUUUUUUAUGCAAAGCAGGGAUACAGUGUUCUCUAUCUGUGGGCAGGCUGUUUCGGUAAGCUUUCGUUUCAGCAAGUCCUGCGAGUAUGAUUGGAUUUCCAUAGCAUUGCUUAGUUUAGCUGACCAUUUUACAUUUCCAAAACAACCUGUUGGACUUGUCCAGUUCGCCCCAGGGCUUCCCACUGUUGAGUAGUGGUGAUUGUUGUAUCUUUGUUUCUCUUAAAACUACACAACCAUUUAUCAGUGUUUAUUCACUAGGUCUUUGCAAAUUUGAUACCAAAACAAACUGGAUUGUUUCUUUAUUUUGUGAAAGUUACUUUUAUUUUUUUUCUGUAGGUAUCUACAAUUCCCAACAUACUGAAUAAAACCCCAAAAUGAUUUGCUUUAUAAACUGGGAGUUGUGGAGAAGUGAUCCAAGCGAUGUGCAACUUUUGGGUUAAAAAAGUCAAAUUACAACCCAGCUAUUUUUCCAGCGUGUAUGUUUUGGCCUAACAUAUUCAAUUUGUUUUUCAAAUAUCCACAAGUGCAAGUUUAGUAAAUAAUCCCAUGUAUGAUGUAUAAUUCCCUAAAUGCAACAAUGCUGCUCCCUUCAACGAUUAUCUUACUAUAUUUAAGAAUGACCAUAUAUUUAAGUAUAGAGCGCCAGCCUUAUUUUUUGUUUGCUACAUAAUAAAUAUUUCAGUUACCAAAAAUAUGUAGAAACAUUUUUAUUUUAAAAAAUUUUUUGUUGGUGAUUGAUUUCUUUUUAAUCUCGUCAAACCUUUUAUACACUGUCAUGUAUAACUUUUCAUAUACAGUAUAUGUAUACUAAACAAAAACACAUCCAAAAGGUGCUACACUUUAUGGUGACAAAUGCCGCAAUCUCAAAUCAAUAAAUCCUCAACACCUUAUAACACACAAUAAAAAAUAAAUAUAAAUGAGAACUACGUUGGUUAAUGAGAAAACAACUGUUUGGUUAAUAUGUAUACAUACAGAUUCUUUUAAGAAUUUUAGGUUCUCAUUUUGAUUUAUUAAAGGACCACUAUAGGCACCCAGACCACUUCAGCUUAAUUAAGUGGUCUGGGUGCCUGGUCCAGCUAGGUUUAACCCUUUUUUCUAUAAACAUAGCAGUUUCAGAGAAACUGCUAUGUUUAUAUUAGGGUUAAUCCAGCCUCUAGUGGCUGUCUCAUUGAUUUUUUUUUUAGCAACAAUAAGUGGGGUGGUAGAUAUAUAGAUAAUAUACAGCAUAGUAUUCUGUUAUUCUAGUGGCAUGAGAUAGCUAUAUGAAUUGAGUUGUGGAUGUGUGUGUGUGUGUGUGUGUAUAUACAUGAGCUAGUGUAUGUGCUGUUUUUAAGCAGUAGAUGGUCUAAUAAAUGGAACCAGAAGGAGAACUGUUAGGAAGAGACUGAAAUAAAGUUUGUGGAGAGGAUGAGUAGGAGUAUACUUUGAGAUGAUGAAGGACAGGUAAGGAAGUGUAAGUUUAAAAACUAAUUUCUAUACAAGAAUAAGGGAUGUGACUUUUGAUAGAGUGAAGUUACUUUCAAAUGGAGUGGAUAGUGUUUAGGAAUGCCGUGGAUGAUGAAAUUGCUGUAUGCUUAAUCUAGAAUUUGUUAAUCUUGUGCUGUGAAUGGGGUAUUAUAGUAGGUUUGAAAGUAUGUCAUCCUAUGAGAUUUGGGCAUCACCCACCGACUCCAAACCACAAUGUGCUUUUUUAUUUCUGGGUAGGGUUUACCUAUACCACUCAUCUAAAUUAUUUAUAAACUGGGGCAGAGGGCAUAGAGCGUGUGGAAACGAGUGCUAUUUUGAAACUGAAGACAGUGCAAAACUGCUACAGGCUGUUUAUAAAGAUAAACAGAUUAAGUAGUUCUUCCUGUUUUAAAUAGCUAAUUUAAAAGUCUAGUGAAAGUUUGGGCAAAGAGUCCUUGAAUAUUAAGAUGUUUUUAGAACCACGUGCACUAAAAUAUUUAAGCUUAAUAAACUGUGGAUGUUGCCUGUAAUAUUUUAUGCAUCAACGUUAAGAUAGCACGGACAGUUUGGGUAUAACGGAAGACCUUUAUAUAGUUUCUUAACAAAUAUUAUGUAUGCAUCAUAAAGGAAACCGCCUUUGUAUUAAGACGUUUUUGUUUUGCAAUUGUAGUGUUUACUGAUUGUAUUGCAUUUGCUGUAUGUAUAUAUUUUACAGUUAACAGACUGUAUUUAAGAUGCACCUGUCACGUACAGUGACUAUUGAAAAAGCACAGAAAAUCACCUACACAUCGUGUAAUAAAAUGUAUAGGUUUUGAAAUAUUUCUAUUUAUAAGUAUGGUCCCUCCUCCUCUAUCUGUCAAUCAACCCUCUAUAGCAAUCUGCUUCUUCUUUCCAUCGCAAAACUAUUUCCAAGCCAAUAGGAGUCUCCAGGUCCUAUCCCCUCUGUGAGGCUUGGGCUAGUAAGGAAUCAUUAGCCUGAGCAGCAAUGGGUGGCUAUGAUUGGUUGAGAGUGUCAGUAGACCUCAUUCAGCCUAUCACAUUAAGGUAUGAAUCAGUAUGGCUCCAAGGAAGCAUGUAAGCUCAGCCUUAGUCGAACCUCCAGUAUGGGCGGCCAGGGACCCUUAUUUAGUGUUAAACUGCUUGAAAACUAGUUUAAAGGAUCACCAUAGUGUAAGGAAAACAAAGUGGUUUUCCCGACACUAUAGUGCCCUAACGGUGCCCCCACCCUCAGGGUCCCCCUCCCGUGGCGCUGAAGGGGUUAAAACCCAUUCAGCCACUUACCUUAAUCCAGCGCCGGGCUCCCUCGACGCUGGUGACCUCUCCUGCCCCGCCGUCAGCUCCGUCUGCUGACGUCAGCAGAGCCGAAUACGCAUGUGCGGCAAGUGCCGCGCGCAUUCCUAGUGUCCAUAGGAAAUCAUUUCUCAAUGCUUUCCUAUGGACGCUCUGCGCGAUUGAGGCAUAAUAUGCCUCCAGCGUCGCAGAUGUGCCUCUAGUGGCUGUCUUCCUGACUGGCUUAACCCCAAAUGUAAACAUAGCAGUUUCUCUGAAGGGUUAAAACCUGAGGGACCUGGCACCCAGACCACUUCAUUGAGCUGAAGUGGUCUAGGUGACUAUAGUGUCCCUUUAACACUGAAUGAAAUGCUUAGAUGACUCUAAGCACUACAACCAAUUCAAUGAGAUGAAAUGGCUACACUGGAGCCUUUACCAGUGUAAGUAAAGUUAAAUUUCAACUACUAAGCUAAUUUACCCAGAAUCCAUCUGUCCAAAGAAUCUCAGGGACAUCAUAGUCAGAGGAGAAUAAAGUAGAGGCGCUUACGGUUCGGAAUCUGUCACAAGGAAGAAAAGAUAAUAAAUAUAAAGACAAGUGACAGUGGGGGAGUAAAAUCUUUAAGACACAAGAAUCCUAAGCGAAGGAAUACAGAGUGUAAAAACAAACAAACAUGACCAUGCCUUUAUGCUGAACUUGGCAUGACAGGUUCACUUUAAAAAGACAUUACAAGGACCAUAAGAGCUGUAGAUUAUUGUAGUGGCUAUGGGUGUAUGAUAUAUUUAGCUGAUAUUUCCCUACCCCUAAGCUAAAGCUAUCAUAAAAAGGAAGUCUCACUUAUUGUUAUCUAUCCAGAUAUUUGUAUAUCAUACAGUGAGAGGCUGUCAUUUUUCGUGUAUAGGAAGAUUCUGGUGUGUCGAACCUCUGCAGCCCUUUUCGUACCUUUACCGUUUUGAGAAAAUAAACUAUUUCUACACAAAUCUACUGUUAACUGAACAUGUUUAUGUAUUUUUUGCAAAUCUUUUUUUAUUUUUUUUAUUUAGGUAAAUGCACAAAAUAUACAUACCAGUCAGAAUUUUUUAUGUUUUCAAGAAUGUGUGUUUGUGUAGUGGAUGUAAUGUGUGUGUGUGUGUGUGUGUGUGUGUGUGUUAGUUAAAUUAAAUUUUUUAACAUUUUGUUUUAGUCCCCCCUCCCUGCUUCUUACCUGGCCAGGGAGGGGGGUAUGGCAUUCCCUGGUGGUCUAGUGGCAUGUACUCUGCAGAGGGGGCCCAGCAACACUCUUACUUCCCUUCCCAGCAGCUACCCUUAAUAACGCUCGCGGCCUGCGUUCCGCACGGAGCUUUGCCAUGGUAACCCGUGACGGAUCUUUGCCAUGGUAACGCUCUGACGGGGAGCUGAAGGGAGCUGCUGGGAAGGUAAGUAAGAGUGUCCUGCGGGCCCCCCAGGACUGCCGGGCCCAUGACAACCGUCUUGGUUGUCAUGCCCUGAUGGCGGCCCAGGUCUGCAUUAUAGGCAAUAUCUGUAUUUUUAUAGGCAGAUACCGAUAUUGCUAAAAUUUCAGAAUAUCAGCUGAUAAUAUCGUCCAACCGAUUAGUCGGUCGAUCCGUACUGUGCAUGGUAUAAAGAUCCUCAAAGACGUCCCUGAGCCCCAUUUGAUGAUAAUCUUAGGGCCAGGGAGGUUAGAGGGGAAAGCAAUGAGCAAAGGAUAUACAAUAAAGCAUAUAACUGAAGAAAUUAAGUAAAUAAAUCAAAUUAAGUUAAAAUGAAGUAACUAAAUAUAUUUAUAAAUAUUAUAAUUAAAAUGUAAUAACUAUAUUACCACAGUAAUGAUAUGAAUAAAAGUAAAAGAUCCCACAGUUAAGAACCGUGGGACCCAGUGUCACUUAACUGAGGGAGCAGCAAAGAAAGAGGAAGUAGUAUACUGGACACCGCCUAUUAUGCUAUAAAGAGGAUGCUGAUUGGCUGUUCCUGUUGCUAGGAAGAUAUACCUCUCAUGUUAUUUACUGCUUUCUUUUUAUAUUGAUUUAAUGUUAUUUUUCUUUGCUGCUGAGGGAAAUAAAGAAAGAGUGCAGCAUAAAAGGAGCCUCCGUGUCUUAAUAAAAUUGUAAGCAACAGUGCUUGACGGGGUCCAUAUAAAAAUAGUUGGACCCAUAAUGUAAGAAGAUACAUUAAUCUAACGUGAUCGUAAAAUUGGGAAGGAACAAUGGAACAGGUGACAGUCCAAACCCAUGGAUGGUCUUUUACCCCUGUAAUCAUUCAGUGUGCCAUUUUGGUAAUAUUAACAUUAUUAUGACUGGAGACUCAUUGACUUACUUUCUCCACAGUAGCAAAUAUAUCUUUUUCUGUCCUAGUAUAUCUGUUACCUGUAAGCUCGAUUCUCAUUAAUAUCUUGUAACCAUCAACAUUUGCAAUCGUUUGUCCCAUUUGCUGUAAAAUCUCCUAUUUAAAAUUGUAAUGGGCUGCUAGUAAGUUGGUGCUAUAUAAUUGCCAAUAAUAAUUUAAAAUAUGUAUGUACUGUACACAAGACUAUCUCUGACAAUUACAAAUGACGAAUGCACACAUUAUUUUAAUUUUGUGUGCAUGUAUGAUAUCAAUACAUGACUCACACUCUGCAGGGAAUAUUAUUUCCUGCUGUAGAGUACACGCCACACCACACAUCUGCUUUAUCCCCUGUUGUUCUCACUCUAUCUCAGUUGUUUUAAAUGGGUUGUAGGAGGGGUCUUAAACUAAUUAGUAUGGCUUAAUAAAAAACUGGACUUUCAUGCAACGAGGAAACGGGAUCACUGAGACACAUCUGGUGGGACUGUAGGAAAAUCAAGCCAUACUGGGAGAGCAUCGAACAAGAAAUAAGAAUCGUAUGAGACGACCCCCCACGACUGACAAUGGAGGCUGCCCUCAUACACCACACUGAACAACCCAUAUCCACCUACAAAAAAUCGAUCAUGAGACACAUGCUGGAUGCAGCCAAAUCUCUGAUUCCACUGUACUGGAAAAAAAACGGACAAACCCACGAAGGAACAAUGGAAACGCAAAGUGGAGGACAUACGGACAGCAGAAAAAAGAAUAGCGAACCUGAUGGGACAAGGAGACAAGCACACGGAGCUAUGGAGGCUGUGGCUACUUUACAUAGUGUAGACCAAGACACAGGGUGGGACACUGCGGACUAUGGGGAAUGAAGGAGUGAUGGGGGGCCUGGACGAGCCGGAAGGGUGACCGGCGGGACCCAGUCAAGAGAAAGUACCCCCCCUCCCUUUGACCCGAACGGGAUCAAACACACACACAUAUGCGACACUGGACGAGAACCCGAAAAGGGUGACUCAAUGACAAAAUUCUAGAUAAGGCGAAGACACAGCCAAGACCCAGAUACAAACAUAGGGAACUGUCCAGGAUGGUAGGAGAUAUCAACCAGGAACAGAAAGACACGACAACACUAGACAGAUAAGGAGACAUGAUAAACCCCAGUGACACACACACAGAACACAAGAAUUAAGACGCUGAUACUUACUGAUACACACAAUCCAACAUAGAAAACAACAUUAAUUGAGCAGCAUGAACAGAGUAGAACUUACCAUACUACACCUCUAGACCACUCAUACAUACAAACACAUAUAAAGAAAACACACCACAACCUGAUUAAGCUAAACAAAACCAAACUCUACCCUGCAGGAAGGUAGACACUUAGACAACAUAAACCAGAGUGAGGCACCAAUAGACAAACACUUAGAACAUAAGGAGACAGGGAUAAGUGGACAGAGAAGCUUGGAAACGUAAUAGAACAAUCAAACCACGAGACCAUAACUACAUGCACGUUUACAAAAGAAAAAAUUAUGCGUAGGAGACAGAGCAGGGCAACAUGACACCUAGGUCCAGACGACUAGAACCCCCAGAUAGAAAUUGCAAAGUGACCCCAAACACAACUAGGGCCUGGGACUGGGAAGGGCAACCACACGACUACUAUAGAGAAAAAACUACCACAACAAGAGGACAUAGUCUUAAAUUAGAGGGACAAAGGUUUAAAAAUAAUAUCAGGAAGUAUUACUUUACUGAGAGGGUAGUGGAUGCAUGGAAUAGCCUUCCAGCUGAAGUGGUAGAGGUUAACAGUAAAGGAGUUUAAGCAUGCGUGGGAUAGGCAUAAGGCUAUCCUAACUAUAAGAUAAGGCUAGGGACUAAUGAAAGUAUUUAGAAAACUGGGCAGACUAGAUGGGCCGAAUGGUUCUUAUCUGCCGUCACAUUCUAUGUUUCUAUAGCGGAAACAUUGACAACGCUGAGAUACCUGGAAAAGACAGGAAAGAGUGACACACAGCAUAAAUACACAACAGGUCUAUCAGAGAGAUAAAUGCCAACCCUUAGAUCCCGGGGAUACCUCCAAAACAUGGGGACCUAAGGUGAUGACUAAAAUGUAGAGGGGAAUAUGAGGCCUGCGAGCCGAAAUAGCAAACCACAGAUAAUGAGACCUGCGAGCCGAAAUAGCAAACCACAGAUAAUGAGACCUGCACGCCUACACAAAUACGAUGCCAUAUUGAAACCAUUGUUAUGCGAAAACAUGCAAGGGACCUGCGAGUCCUCCUGUUGACGACAAUGUCGAAAUGCCUGACUUCACCUGCACUAACGACAAUAAAAAUCAUAUUUACAAAAAGAAAACUGGACUUUCAGAUUCAUUUUUAGAGGAACAAAACAUCUAUAAAAGGUUUACUAGUCCAAACCAAACGUCACUGUACUGUAAGCAGAAGAAUGAUGGUGACCUUACUGAGAUGAUGUGGUUCUGAAACAGCUAAAAACAAAACUAAUGGUUCGCUAUUUCAAAUAUUUUUUUUAUUUUUUUAUUACGUGGUAAAUGCACUAAAUAUACAUGCCGGUCAGAUCUUUUUUAUGUUUUCAAGAAUAUUUAUAUGUGCGUGUAGUGGAUGCAGUGAGAGUAUUUGAUUAGUAAAUACAGUGUGUGUUUGUGUGUAAAUAUGUGCGAUAGGAACUCCAUUCUCUAUGUUCCUCUCCCUUAUCUUCUAGUGCCCCCCAACCCAUGUUCCUUUUCCCUUCCCUGUACCUUAGUGCCCUCCUUUAAUGUUCCUCGUUCUUCCCCCCUGUCCCAUAGUGUUCUUCCCCUCCCCUGCCUCAUAGUGUUCUUUCUUCCCAACCUCUCCCCUGUCCCAUAGUGUUCUUUCCUUCCCCCUCCCCUCCCCUGUCCCAUAGUGUUCUUUCCUGCCUCCCCCGUCCAAUAGUGUUCUUUCCUGUUCCCCACCCGUCCCAUAGUGUUCUUUCCUGCUCCCCUCCCCUGUCCCAUAGUGUUCUUUCCUGCCCCCGUGCCCUGUCCCCGUUCUUUCGUCCCCCUCCUGUCCCAUAGCGUUCUUUCGUUCCCCCCCUCCCCUAUCCCAUAGCGUUCUUCCUUCCCCCACCCCUGUUCCAUAGCUUUUUUUCCUCUCCCUCCCCUCUCCCAAAGUGUAACUUCCACCUGUCUUGUCUUCCUUUCAGUCCGGCCGGGUACAGGAAACAUAAGUUCCUGUACCGCGGUGCGCACUGCUCCGCCACGCAACACAGAGUUCCUGGCAGGAGGGAGCGCUGUGCGCCCACCUCCUGCCGGUCACUUCGCUUAUGCCGCCUUAUGGACGCGCAGGCCCACCUCAUUAUCGGUAUUACGGGUGAUUAUCGGCAGAUACUUACAAAAAAUCUGAAUAUCGGCCGAUAAUAUCGGCAAAACUGAUAAUCGGUCGAUCCCUGUUGUUUGUGUCAGUCUAAGAUCCUAAGCAAGUUCAGGAACAAGUAAGGAGCCGUAUUAUAGGUGCAAUAAUAUGGGGCCACUGACUGAUCUCUCAAAAGGGUUGCUUCCCUGGUUUGAUUGGCCACUUGCAGUAUCUAUUGUCUUUUCUAUCAGCUUUGUUCUAUAUAAUUCAGGACAUAGAGGUCAGAUAAAAAAAUGUGAGACGGAGCUCAUAGAGAUAUGACAGGUAUAAGCAGAGGCCUGAAUCAUUCAUGUCAGUCCUAUAGUGGAAUACUCGAACACUCAGAGAUGGCAACAGGAUACACACAUACAAAAACAAAAUAAUCUGGAAAUAACUACAGUAUCAGGCAGGAAUAUUUAGUCUGAUCUAAAAAAAAUAAAGAAGAAAUAACCAAACAUGGGAUCCUCUUCUUGGUAAAGAAUAAGACUAGUUAGUUAAGCAGUUAGAGCUAUCCGCAUAGAUACAAUGUAUUGAGAGAAACAUGAGUUAUAACUAUAAAUUGUGGAUAAUUUGCUACAGGCAGCUCUAAUAUUACAUCAUAAUCAGUCAUACAUUAAUUGCAUUAAUUGUUUUUGCUGCUGCCUGGACAAGGGAGAUUCAGGUUUUGUGGUCUAGUAUUAUGAAUAGAUAUUCUAUGUAUAGAGAUCCUCCGAAGUAAUAAAACAUUGCGUCCUAAUACUAGAACAGCUACGGGGUAAAACUAUAACAACUAUAAUUGGGUAAAAAAUUUGCAACAAUACAAGUCCUAUUACCUCAGUUGGCUCACAGUGGUAUGGCAGCCUCCCAGUACCAAAGGCCAUCUCAUCUCCCCUCUUUACAACUCAAACUGGCAUCAUACACCCAGUAACAACAAUGUACAUAAAGUGGAAUUUUUUUUAUUUAUUUUUUUAUUUUGUUAAAGGAUUACUAUAGUGUCAGGAAAACAAAGCGGUUUUCCUGACACUAUAGUGCCCCGAUGGUGCCCCCACCCUCAGGGUUCCCCUCCCAUGGCACUGAAGGGGUAAAAACCCCUUCAGCCACUUACCUUAAUCCAGCGCUCCAUGGGCGCUGGUGACCUCUCCUCCACGUCCGGCGUCACUGGAGCCGAAUGCGCAUGCGCGGCAAGUGCCGUCCGCGCAUUCAAAGUGUCCAUAGGAAAGCAUUUCUCAAUGCUUUCCUAUGGACGCUCUGCGCAACUGAGGCGAAAUUUGCCUCCAGCGUCACAGAUGCGCCUCUAGUGGCUGUCCGGAAGACAGCCACUAGAGGCUGGAUUAACCCCAAAUGUAAACAUAGCAGUUUCUCUGAAACUGUUAUGUUUACAUGUGAAGUUAAAACCUGAGGGACCUGGCACCCAGACCACUUCAUUGAGCUGAAGUGGUCUGGGUGACUAUAGUGUCCCUUUAAAUAAACAGAGAACUGCUCAAUGCAUUUUUCGGUGCUACAUAGCACAUUCGUUGGGGGCAACUGUCUAGACUGAUUAGUGGUGAAUUUUAUUAACUUUUCUAUUGGAUAUAUAGUCUGAUAACCUGCAAGUGGAAGUAGAGCCAUGGAGGUUUAGUAAUCACAGAUGAAACCCUUUGGGAAGAAAUUUUACAAAGUGCUCUCUGGUUCAUAAGUUAAAAAAAAUCGCCAUCAUUUACAAGGUCUCAGAAUGAUGCAGAUCGUAUUACCUUUAGAAAUGAUGUACAUAGAUUGUGUGACUAUGCUUUGACAACUGAUAUUACUUUUGUGUGCUUUUCUUUCUUAAAAUGUUUCUGAACUGGUUCUCACAUUGAGGUGUGCACAUACUAUCAGCAUCCUUGUGAGGGUCCCUUAAGUACUCAAAAAGCUUAUCUGUAUAAAAGCAGCACUGAAAAUAUAUUAAGGGUUUCAUCCUUUGAAAACUGCUUUAGUUGAGUGUAAUCUGAUCUGUAGACUAGAGAUCUCCAUUGUAAAGUUAUACACCUAAUUAGCAUAAGAUGCCACUGAUUCCAUUAGGUACCCGAUGAUAAUGAAUAGGCAUCAUGUGGGAUGAUCUUGCACUGUGAAGUUAUUAAUUAAUCCAGGACAUUUUCUAGGAUUGACAAGGCAAUCUAAAAUAGUUGAGCUUCAAUAAUAGCUGAAAUCUCCAGUUACCCAUUUUCAAAUGGUGCAUAUGUCAUAUGAAUAUAUUAGCAAUUGCAGAUUCCUUCUUAUUUUGUUGCAGUAUUUAUAUACAUCAAAUUGUAAAAUUUCUACUCAUUUAAUAGCAGCUAUUCAUUGUAAUUAUUCUAUUUUUAAUCUCUCAGAAAACUCAGUUUUAGGGGGCGGGGCCUGACAGCCAAGAUGGCUAGACGCGUUUGUCACAAGCUCCUGCUACACUAAACUAAACUGCCUGAAAAACUAAGGCAAACCUAGAGAAAAUCAACCCUAGGUAACCAGAAGGUCACCCUAAACACCCUUGACUACUCCCUAAGCUUGAAUCUGGGUGACCCGAUGGCAUCACACAGCGCUACAGCUUGCGGCCUAUUACGGUCGACGACCUGGGUGUUGGGGAAGGCAGCCGAUCUCCCAACCCUGGGGUCCAAACGGCCACAGGAAUCUGCACAGCCCUGUCUCCACCCCCUCCCCCCCUUGGACCGGCGGGGGAUAUCCCGGUCCCUACAGGGUGCAACCUCACCCCAGCAGGGCCAACAAGUCGGAGCAAAAACCCUGGAGCCACAUGGCCCCCAAAGAUGGCGGAUAACAAGCACCCCUCACGAGCACAUACAAAUCUAAGGAGUGAUCGGGAGAUUGAGCCCAUCGAGGCCUCCUUUGAAAUGUUCUGGCAAGCAUUCUGGCUCCGCCUGAAACUCCGGCUACCCACUCAUGCGAAACACGAACAACCGGCAAAGAAAGCUGCGGUACUGCUAUACAGGCGCAAGGCCUGCUCCACGCGGAAGUCAGCCCGACGCCCACAAGCCCAGAGAAGCCCCCGACUAACCGGAGCCCGACCCCGACGACACUCCAGAACACCUCUCCGAGUGCCAGCCUCACAGCAAAAGCAGGAAUCUCCCCAGCAACACCGCUCUCGAAGACUGGACCCAGCUGGAAACUGGGAGCGAUCGGCUCCACAGCUCAAGAGGGGUCACCCACACUCCCAUGCCUCACACCUGCAAAAGGACUUACCUCUAGGGGCACCAUGGAGGCCUCUUGACCAGGCACACACGAAGCUCCACACUCAGCCCCGACAUCGGGCCAACGACGCCCCCGGGCAGGUCACCCCCAAGAUGGACAGGUCUGUGCACCCGGUGGGCAUAGGCUGAAGGGGAUGAAUUAAACGGCUUACUGUGCUGGGCUCAAGCCUAUACGUUAGGCAUCCUCAGGGACGUUAUUACAGCUGACAACAACCUACAGCCCAGACACCUACCUCGCAACAUGUGUCCCUGCUGAACUGUGACCAACAUACCAUACCUUGCGUUGCGCCACUCUACCUGCUAGUAGAUACUCAGCAAGCUUAAUCAGUGACUAGCGGUUUAUUGUAGCAUAUAUUCUCAUGCCUUAUAUAUCUUUACAUGCCAGAAUAUGAAUAGAGGUGAGCAUUGUGCAGUCCCAAUGGCGUUAUUUACCUUAACUUUACACAACAUGCAGACACCCACGCCAUGGGACAGUCGAGCAGGAUACUACGUAGCAGCCUAUGUCAUACCUGGUCAACACAUACCAUAGUCCUGAAACACAAAAACAUGAUUGCACACCAUACUGACACUAAGAAAACUCAGUUUUAAACCCCAAACAUAAAAAUCAAUUGAAGAAUGACUAUCGAUGUGUAAGUGAUUAGUUUGUGGAGUUCCUAUGUAGUGCCCUUCCAAAUUUUGUUUUCUACCUCCAAUGAAUUGUAGUGUAUUAUACAUAGCUGGAUGCCAGUGACUUGGAACCCUUGCUGGCUGGGUCUGGAAUUGAGGAGGUUAUAAUAUAGUAUGCAUUUUAAAGUAAACAUAGUUAAGUGUUCUUGCAUAGCAAGACCACUUAAUGUUAUCUCACAUAUAUAUUAUUAUUUUUCUUAUUAUAGCCAAAUUUACCACCCUAACUAACCUGUAGUUCCGGGUCUUGUGAUUCGCACAAUAUAAAGCUCUUCAUUGUAGGAUUUAUAGUUUUUAAAAUAUGACCGUUUGAAGAUGGCAACCGCCAAAAUACUUUGACCUGUGCCAGGCUGGAGCAACAAGUGAUGUCAUAGACAGGGCCUUUUGUACACCUGCUAAUGUUUUUAUAAAUGUUGCAAUUAAAUGUGCUCUAUAAGUAACAGUUACUCCGCCCACUCCAGUUGGAGGCAAGAACACUUCACACAAUUUCCCCAGAAAUUGUAGCUUUUCUAGUUAUUCUUAUUCUUAUUAUAGCCAAAUUUAUCACCCUAACUCUUCCCACAGUUUUUACACUACAUUAAUACAGUAAUAUACCGAAACGUGCGGAUUGUUCCCGAUUGGUGUGCUAUUACUUUGUGGAACGUUUCGCCAAAUGGUUCACGGAAUAUCGUCGUUCUUGUGGCGAAAUUGGCCCCAUAGGAAUGAAUGGCAAAAUGUUCAAAACUAGAGUGGGAGCUGGCAAAAGCAGUAAAAUCAGGACAUGAUUUCUAAACUGCCACCACUCCCUCAUUUUCAAGCCCACCUACACAAAUCUUAUAUCAAAACGUUCAGCUAUUCCUGCUGUCACUAAAAAUGUCCACGGCUAAGCCGUAGCCCUGAUAGUUUUCACGAUAUGACCAUUUGUUUGCAACUCACGCUGUCCAUUGACUUUCAUUGAAACUCCACUCUAGCCAGCUAAAAUUUGAAGGGCAAUUUCUAAACUGCGACUGUGCCUUCAGAGACACACAUGCAUCAUAAUGUAGGUCUGGGUCUUGUGAUUCUCACAAUAUAAAGCUUUUCGCUGUAGGAUUUAUAGUUUCUAAAAUACGACCGUUUGAAAAUGGCAGCCGCCAAAAUACUCUGACCUGUGCCAGGCUGGAGCAGCAAGUUAUGUCAUAGACAGGGCCUUUUGUACACCUGCUAAUGUUUUUAUAAAUGUAUGUUUUAAUGUAACUGUGAAGCACUUUGGGUAACAACGUUGCAAUUAAAUGUGCUAUAUAAAUAACUAAUAACAGUUGCUCUGCCCACUCCAGUUGUAGACUACUGGUGGAGGCAAGAACACUUCACACAAUUUCCCCAGAAAUUGUAGCUUUUCUAGUUCCUUAAAUCCUUCAACUGACCUAACAAUCCACAUUGUAGAAUAUGUGCGUUGUUAAUUAGAUUAUUGAUUUGAAUAUCCACGUAUUUCAUUUUUGUUUUGCUUACAAGGUUUGUAAAUGUAAUUGGAGUUGGAAACUGCUGCAUUACAAAUGUUACCUUGAAUGAUUGUAUUGUUUGAAUAGAAGGCUUACGUAGUUGUUCACCAGCUCUGAGUUGGUGAAGUUGACACAUCUAUUUUAAAUGUUGUUUAUCUGUCAUUUUAUUUUCUUGUUUUUUUUUUUUUUUUAAUACUUCCUCUUUUAAUUAAGCAAUUACAUGUACAUGAAUAUUUACAAUAUUUUUGCCCCAUCAUAAAAAUGGUCUAUUUUAAUCACAUUAAUUAAAAAAAAAAAAUACGCUUGGAAGAAAAAGGGUUUUCAACAUUUUUAUUUUUACAUUUUUCUUUAACAUUACAUGUUAUAUAAUUACCAAUGGGAACACCAUCAGGUUAGUAUAACUUGUAGUAACUCAUUCACACGUGCAAAGACCCCAAAAGGUGACAGAACUGCUUUGAACUGAAAAUAAUAGGUGGUAACUAGAAAAGCUGUUCUUGCCUCCACCAGUAGUCUACAACUGGAGUGGGCGGAGUAACUGAGUGGAGUGGCUUGAGUAACUGUUGUGUGGUCGGAGUGGCUUGAGUAACUGUUGUGUGGUCGGAGUGGCUUGAGUAACUGCUGUGUGGUCGGAGUGGCUGGAGUAACUGUGUGUAAAGGUUGGAAUGGGCAGAGUAACUGUAUGGAGUGUUUGGAGUGAGUAAAGAUAGUAAACAUCACACUAACCAAUUGAUUGAUCAAAUUUAAAAAGUGCACAUGGCAAGCUUGAUAGAGUGAGAAAUGCAUUUCAACUUUUAUUUAUUUAUACAGCACAUUUAACCCCUUAAGGACCGAGGACGGUUCAGGACCGUCAUCGGCAUUUUCCCAUUGCCGACCGCUGACGGUCCUGAACCGUCCUAACGGUCCUAGUUACUUACCUGAUCGCCGUCGUUCCCCCGGCGGCUAUCAGCGUUGCUCCUGUUGUGGGGAGACUGCCUGCAGCCCAGACAGUCUCACCAUGGCAGAUUAGGACCCCUGUGGCCAUGUGAUCGCUCAACACAGCGAUCACAUGGUCACAAUAGGUGACGAUGUGUCUCCCUGCUAGUGUAAAAUAAAAUAAAUAAAAAUGAAGUUAAUGUUAAUAAAAAUAAAUUAUAUAUGUGUCCAUAUAUAAUUAUAUAUAUAUAUAUAUAUAUGUCUAUAUAUCACAUAUAAUGUCAUACUAAGUGUAUUUUUAUAUUAAUAUGUACUUAUAUUAAUAUAAAAAUACACUUAUAAUUAAAUUACACACGUGUAUAUAUAUAUAACAUAUAUAAUAACUAUAUAUAGUGUGUGUGUGUGUGUAUAUAUAUAUAUAUAUAUAUAUAUUAUUAUAAAAUAUAAAUAAGUAAUUUAAAUUAAAUUAUUUUUUUUAAAUAAUAAAAAUAGAAAAAAAAUUAUAUCUAUAUGAAAUUUUAUUCUAACUGUAUUUUAAAAUGUAUAUAUUUAUAUCAAAACACACUUAGAAUGAAUUUGUAUAUAUAUCUAUGUAUAUAUAAAUAAAUAAAAAUAAUACAUAUGUCCAUAUACAAAAUUACAUAAAUAAUUAUAUAAAUAUACACGUAGACUUCAAAUAUAUAAAUAUGCUACUAAUUCUAAUUCUACGUGCCUAUUUAUGUAAUAUUUUUACAUAAUUAAUUAAGUAAUUUUAUUGAUUGCAAUUUGAGGGACCUGCAUGCCAACCCAGGCCGACAGUCCAGAGAAUUUAAUUUGCUAGCACUGUAUUUUACCCUGUAACGUUCUACGACACCCUAAAACCUGUACAUGGGGGGUACUGUUUUACUCGGGAGACUUCGCUGAACACAAAUAUUAGUGAUUCAAAACAGUAAAACAUAUCACAGCGAUGAUAUUGUCAGUGAAAGUGACUUUUUUGCAUUUUUCACCACAAACAGCACUUUUACUGAUGAUAUAAUUGUUGUGAUACGUUUUCCAGUUUUUAAACACUAAUGUUUGUGUUCAGCGAUGUCUCCCGAGUAAACAGUAGCCCCCAUGUACAGGUUUUAUAGCAUUUUUGAAAGUUACAGGGUCAAAUAUAUGGGUCAAAUAUUUUUACAUUGAAAAUGGCCAGGUUGGUUACGUUGCCUUUGAGAGCGUAUGGUAGCCCAGGAAUGAGAAUUACCCCCAUGAUGGCAUACUAUUUGCAAAAGAAGACAACCCAAGGUAUUGCAAAUGGGGUAUGUCCAGUCUUUUUUAGUAACCACUUGGUCACAAACACUGGCCAAAAUUAGCGUUCAAUUUAGUUUUUUUACUUUUUUCACACACAAACAAAUAUGAAUGCUUACUUUGGCCAGUGUUUUCGACUAAGUGGCUACUAAAAAGACUGGACAUACCCCAUAUUGAAUACCCUGGGUUGUCUACUUUAAAAAAAUAUGUACAUGUGGGGUGUUAUUCAGAGAUUUAUGACAGAUAAUAGUGUUACAAUGUCACUAUUGAUAAAUUCUAAAAAUGUAUGUUUUGAAACUGCAAUAUCCUUCUUGUACCUAUAGCCCUAUAUAACAUGCAAAAAAGCACGUAAACACUGGGUAUUUUUAAAUAAAUAAGAACUGGUCUGCCUAGUGCAACACAGAAAGAUGAGGGAGUCCGACUUGGAGUGAAUAGCUCAAAACUGAACUGGGACAGGGAUACACCCAAAACCUGUCUGGAGAUAAAAAGGACCGUAAUACCUUCGGGGUAGUGCGUUCAGGAGCAAAUUCACUUAUGUAUGGCUUAAUUGGUACAGUUGGAUAUAGUAAUAAAAUUAAUAUCUAAAACACUGGAUGAUGGUUUCACUAGGAUGUAUGGUGUGUAUACCUUUAAAUCUGCUAUACGCAGAUUCUUUUGGUUACACGCCAAAUAAUCUGCUUAAUAUAAAGCAGUUACUUGAUACAGAAUAACCUAAACAGAACUGGUUAUCUGUAUAAUAUUAAUAUAUACACUGUUAUAUAUAAUGUGUGUUUCACUUUAAGUAAUCUGUAAGCAUACUGAAUGGUGCAAAAACACAGUUAAAUUUUCAGUGGAGAAAUGUAAAAAAAUUCAUAACCUCUGUGCUUAAUAUAAAAAUACAGUCACUUAAAAUAUAAAAAAUAUAUAUAAAAGAAAUUCCAAAAAACCACUUUUAAAAGAUGAGUUUGUUAAAAAAUAAUGUAAAAGUUUAUUCACAAUACAAAAAUAAUAAAUGAAUAAUUCAAAAUGGAAAAAAAUACAAAAAAUAGGAGCCAGGGACGGUCAGCAAGUCAUCAGCCAAUGCAGAUAUUAGACAUAUAACUUUCUGCACACUGUAGUUGAUGAGUAUUACAGUGGAUACUUUUGUAACAAAACGGAAUGAUUUUACUUGCCGGCUGCUGGGGAGGUUUGCAUGCGUGCCAAACCUCACUCUGAUACUCCGAUGCUGGCAGUCCGUUAAUCCCCAGGUCAAAAGUGCCGUGUGGGGAAAGAGAAGAAUCCCUUCUGCUGGCGUCUGGCUGCUCCUCGUAACCUGCUCACUAUCACUGCCGGUCUAACGAGUUUCGUGGGUGUCAGCCCCACUUCCUCAGAGACAUGGGUAUUUUUAAACUCAGGACAAAAUUUUGAAUCUAUUUAGCAGUUUUUUUCAUUUGCUUUUGUAGAUGAGUAAAAGAUUUUUCAAGUAAAAGUAAAAAAACAUGUAUUUUUUUAAAUUUUUCAUCAUAUUUUUUUAUUUUUUUUAAAUUAAAAUACAUGAGAUUAUAUAAAUAAUGGUAUGUAAAGAAAGACCCCUUUGUCCUGAAAAAAACUAAAAAUAAUUUGUAUGGGAACAGUAAAUGAGAGAGCGGAAAAUUACAGCUAAACACAAACACCACAAAAGUGUAAAAAUAUGCCUGGUCGCAAAUGUACAACAUCACAAAAACAGUCCAGUCCUUAAGGGGUUAAUUGCAACGUUUUUGCCCAAAGUGCUUCACAGUUACAUUAAAACAUACAUUUAUAAAAACAUUAGCAGGUGGACAAAAGGCCCUGUCUAUGACAUAACUUGCUGCUCAAGCCUGGCACAGGUCAGAGUAUUUUGGCGGUUGUGUAAAAACUGUGGGAGGAGUUAGAGUGGUACAUUUGGCUAUAAUAAGAAUAAUAUAUAUGUGAGAUAACGUUAAGUGGUCUUGCUAUGCAAGAACACUUAACUAGAAAAGCUACAAUUUCUGGGGAAAUUGUGUGAAGUGUUCUUUCCUCCACCAGUAGUCUACAACUGGAGUGGGCCGAGUAACUUAUUAUUUAUUUAUAUAGCACAUUUAAUUGCAACGUUGUUGCCCAAAGUGCUUCACAGUUACAUUAACCCCUUAAGGACGGAGCCAAAUGUACACGUUGUGAACGAAACAAAAUGUAAACAAAGCCUGGCAUUUGCGCUACAUGUCUGUCCAACCGUAAUUCAACUCUUUAAUAGUAAUUACACCCACCCUUAUUAUAUAUCAUUUUAUUCAGGGGAAACAGGGCUUUCAUUUAAUAUCAAAUAUUUAGCUAUGAAACAUAAUUUAAUAUGAAAAAAAUGGGAGAAAAUAAGAUUUUUAAUUUUUUUUUAGUAAUACAUGACAUUUUAACUGUCAAUGUCAUAAUACUGUUUGCUUUUACUGCAAUAAAAUACACAUAUUUGUAUUCAGCAAAGUCUCACAUGUAAAACAGUACCCCCUAUGUACAGGUUUUAUGGCGUUUUGGGAAGUUACAGGGUCAAAUAUCGCACGUUACAUUUGAAAUUGAAAUUCGCCAGAUUGGUUACGUUUCCUUUGGGACUUUAUAGUAGCCCAGGAAUGAAAUUUACACCCAUAAUGGUAUACCAUUUGCAAUAGUAGACAACCCAAGGUAUUGCAAAUGAGGUAUGUCCAGUCUUUUUUAGUAGCCAUUUGGUCACAAACACUGGCCACAGUUAGCGUUAGUAUUUGUUUGUGUGUGAAAAAUGCAAAAAACGCCAAUUUUGGCCAGUGUUUGUGACUAAGUGGCUACUAAAAAAGACUGGACAUACCCCGUUUGCAAUACCUUGGUUGUCUACUAUUGCAAAUGGUAUGCCAUCAUAGGGGUAAUUUUCAUUCUUGGGCUACCAUAGGGUCUCAAAGGCAACGUAACCAAUCUGGCGAAUUUUAAUGUGAAAAAAAUGAAACGCAAGCCUUAUAUUUGACGCUGUAACUUUUGAAAAAACCAUAAAACCUGUACAUGAGGGGUACUGUUGUACUCGGGAGACUUCGCUGAACACAAAUAUUUGUGCGUCAAAACAGUAAAAAGUAUCGCAGCAAUAAUAUCGUCCGUGUAAGUGCUGUUUGUGCGUGAAAAAUGCAAAAAACUUCACUUUUACUGGCGAUAUCAUCAUUGUAAUACAUUUUACUGUUUUAAAACACUAAUAUUUGUGUUCAGCAAAGUCUCCCAAGUAGAACAGUACCCCCCAUGUACAGGUUUUAUGGUGUUUUGGAAAGUUAUAGGGUUAAAUAUAGUGCUAGCAAAUUAAAUUCCCUUUACUUUCGACAUGGGUUGUCAGGCAGGUCCCGCUAAUUGUAAUUAAUUAAGAUACCUAAGUAUGUAAAAAUAUUACAUAAAUAUAUAUGUAGAAUUAAUGUGUGUGUGUGUGUGUGUAUAUAUAUAUAUAUACGUAUAUACGUGUAUUUUGAUAUAAGUAUAUAUAUUAAUAUCACAAUACAGUUACAAUGAAAUAACACACAUCUAUUUAUUUUUUUUACGUAUUUACAUAUUUAAUUUUUUUAUAUUAUAUAUAAACAUAUAUAUAUAUAUAUAUAUAUUUAAUCAGUAUCAGUCUACGUGUAAUUUGAUAUUAAUAUAUAUACAUAAUUAAGUGUUCUUGCAUAGCAAGACCACUUAUUGUUAUCUCACAUAUAUAUUAUUAUUCUUAUUAUAGCCAAAUUUGCCACCCUAACUCCUCCCACAGUUUUUACACUACAUAGACAAAAAUUUACCAAAACGUGCAGAUUGUUCCCGAUCGGAUUGGGACUGUGCCUUCAUUUUUAAUACUUCAGAGACAUACUAUGCAUCAAAAUGUAGGUCUGGGUCUUGUGAUUCUCACAAUAUAAAGCUCUUCGCUGUAGGAUUUAUAGUUUUUAAAAUACAACCGUUUGAAAAUGGCAACCGCCAAAAUAAUCUGACCUGUGCCAGGCUGCAGCAGCAAGUGAUAUCAUAGACAGGGCCUUUUGAACACCUGCUAAUGUUUUUAUAAAUGUAUGGUUUAAUGUAACUGUGCAACAACGUUGCAAUUAAAUGUGCUAUAUAAAUGAUAAGUUACUCCGCCCACUCCAGUUGUAGACUACUGGUGGAGGCAAGAACACUUCACACAAUUUCCCCAGAAAUUGUAGCUUUUCUAGUUCUUAUUCUUAUUAUAGCCAAAUUUGCCACCCUAACUCCUUCCACAGUUUUUACACUACAUAGAAAUGUUUUUACCAAAACGUGCAGAUUGUUCCCGAUCGGAUUGCUAUUACUUUGUGGAACGUUUCGCUGAAUGGUUCACGGAAUAUCGUCGUUCUUGUGGCGGAAUUUGUCCCAUAGGAAUGAAUGGCAAAGCUAGAGUGGGAGCUGGCAAAAGCUGAAAAAUCAGAACAUGAUUUCUAAACUGCCACCACUCCCUUAUUUUCAGGCCCACCUACACAAAUCUUAUAUCAAAACGUUCAGCUAUCCCUGCUGCCACUAAACAUGUCAACGGCUAAGCCAUAGUCCUGAUAGUUUUCACAAUAUAAUCAUUUGUUUGCAACUAGCGCCGUCCAUUGACUUUCAUUGAAACUUCACUCUGCAAAGCUCAAAUUUGAAGUGCAAUUUCUAAACUGCGACUGUGCCUUCAAUUUUAAUACUUCAGAGACAUACUAUGCAUCACAAUGUAGGUCUGGGUCUUGUGAUUCUCACAAUAUAAAGCUCUUCGCUGUAGGAUUUAUAGUUUUUAAAAUACGACCGUUUGAAGAUGGCAACCGCCAAAAUACUCUGACCUGUGCCAGGCUGGAGUAGCAAGUGAUGUCAUAGACAGGGCCUUUUAGCUUUUCUAGUUAUAUAUAUAUAUAUAUAUAUAUAUAUAUAUAUAUAUAUAUUAAUAGUAAAAUACACCUAGACAGUGUAUGUGUGUGUGUGUGUAUAUGUGUAUACUCCCAGGCAGCCCCCCUGCUGGCAAUACAGAAGCCAGCUAUACCGGCCAUGUGAUUGUGGGGUCCUCGCAAGGACCUCACUCUCACAUGGCCGGGGGGCACCGGAGGAGGAGGAUCUGCCGUGGGGGGGCUCCCUGGCAGUCCCCUCCACCGCGAUCGCUGGCGUGGGACCGCCGGCGACCGGGUAAGUAAAGAAAGACCGGAGGGCGUACAAUUACACCCGGCGGCGUUUAGAGCCGCCGAAAAUAGGGCGUAAUUGUACGCCCUCCAGUCUUAAGGGGUUAAAACAUACAUUUAUAAAAACAUUAGCAGGUGUACAAAAGGCCCUGUCUAUGACAUCACUUGCUGCUGCAGCCUGGCACAGGUCAGAGUAUUUUGGCGGUUGCCAUCUUCAAACUGUCAUAUUUUAAAAACUAUAAAUCCUACAGCGAAGAGCUUUAUAUUGUGAAUCACAAGACCCAGACCUACAUUAUGAUCCGUAGUAUGUCUCUGAAAUAUUAAAAAUGAAGGCAAGUUGCAGUUUAGAAAUUGCCCUUCAAAUUUGAGCUGGCUAGAGUGGAGUUUCAAUGAAUGUCAAUGGACGGCGUGAGUUGCAAACAAAUGGUCAUAUCGUGAAAACUAUCAGGACUAUGGCUUAGCCGUGGACAUUUUUAGUGGCAGCAGGAAUAGCUGAACGUUUUGAUAUAAGAUUUGUGUAGGUGCGCUUGAAAAUGAGGGAGUGGUGGCAAUUUAGAAAUCAUGUCCUGAUUUUUCAGCUUUUGCCAGCUCCCACUCUAGCUUUGCCAUUCAUUCCUAUGGGACAAAUUUCGCCACAAGAACGACAAUAUUCCGUGAACCAUUCGGCGAAACGUUCCACAAAGUAAUAGCACACCAAUUGUGAACAAUCCGCACGUUUCGGUAUAUUACUGUAUUAAUGUAGUGUAAAAACUGUGGGAGGAGUUGCUAUGCAAGAACACUUAAUAAACAUUUUUGUUAGUUGUUUUUUGUUUUUAUCUCCACUCCGUAACUCCAUUUGGAUUUAAAAAUCCCAUAUAGAAGAUAGUUGUUUUUGUAUCAGGUUUACUUGGUCCAUACUGCCAAUUUGGGCAGGACAUAAGGGCAGUUGUUUGUCCUAUCUAGGUUAUAACAGGGAUUUGUGGUUUUAGUUUUCUUCACCUACUAGGGACUCCGUUUAGAACAUAUCUGAGAUGAAGCACCUGCAUAAUUAUGGUCAGUUCUGUUAACUUCUUUUGUGUACAGAGGUAUGUUUUGAGUGACCAGAUGCAGACCCUUCCAAUUGCUGAUGGUGUUGCAGGGACAGCGAUAGGCCUAUAUUCGUAUGGCCUGUCACUGCUCCUUCCCAAACUUGAUGUUUGGGUUAUGAUAAAAGUUGUUAGUGGGAGUCAUGGAUCUAACCUCACAUUCCAUCCACUUCCUUUUACACACUCCGCUCACACAGUACAAAGAAAACUAUAUUUAAAGGCUGUAUUGAUAUAGGCUUGUCACUGCUUUAGCACACAACCACCAGAAAGACAGAAAAAGGUGUCUCUUUACAGGGAGCAACAAUAUCGCUACCGGCAGGGCCAGUAGCCUGACAGAUCCUCAUUAGACUUGAUAUGUAUGGUAAAAAGAAAAAAGGUGGGUGCCUGCAGGCUCAAAUAAAAGUAAAGCCCUGUUUGUUACUGUCUUAAAGGAUCACUAAAGUCAUCCAGACCACUUCAUCUCAAUGAAGUAGUCUGGGUGAUGUGAUCGUGUCAUUUUAACCCUGCAGUGUAAAAAAAAAUAAAAAAGCAUUUUUUUUUUGUCUCAGAUCUGGAAGCUGAGCAAAAAGCUCUUUUUUUUUUUUUUUUUAAAACAGGCUUUUACACCAGAGACUGGGGGCGCCCUGAAUCUAACUAAGAACAAAAGCUCGAUAGCAUUAGGAAUACAGGAUUGCAUUCCUAACGCUAUAGUGUUCCUUUAACAGUCAGAUUUGUAAAACUUUAAAUAUCCCAUUGAUUUAAUUACCGUAUGAUUAACUGAGCUGUCAUUGGUCAAUAGGAUAGAUAUUGCAUGUGGCAAUGAGGUCACUUGAGCAGGGCUUGACAAAUUUGUUUGAAAUCUAGGAGCCAGCUAAAAAAGUUAGGAGCCAGUUUUUUUAAGUUAAAUUUUCAAUGCAAAAAAUCUAAUUCUUAAAGGGACACUAUAGUCACCAGAACCACUACAGUUUAAUCUUGUUGUUCUUAUGUGUAUAGCCUGUCCCUGCAGGAUUUGCAAUUUAAACACUGCUGCCUAGUGACACCUCUAGUGAUGGCCACUAGAGAGUCCUGUGCCAGUGCUACACAGUGUGCUGUACCUACGUUUAGCGUAUUCACGCUCCGCAUCGAGGCGCAAAAUGUUCCUCAUAGAGAUGCAUUGAUUCACACUGAUUGGCACAGCAUGGUGUUUUGCUGAGCAUGUGCAAUAUUCUCCCAAUGCUUUCCUAUGGAAAAGCAUUUACUUAGAUGAGGUCAUAAAGACUGAUGAUCUCAGCCAUGGAUGCGGGACCAGCCACAACGAAACCGUCAUGGCGUGGAGAAAAGGUGAGUAAAAGCACCUUUCUCAUUGAUCGGAGGGGGGCAGGUACCUAAUCAGACAUACUAACUGACAGACACACACUCUCUAUCACACACACGCGCACACACACUGACACACUGACAGUCAGACGCAUACACACUCACAAUUUGACAUUUUUAUUUUUAUUUGAGUCCGACCAGCCUCCCUAGCUUUUGGGAGAGCUUUAGUGGAUACUUCACCUGGGAUCCUGUUGGGCUGCUCUCUAAUCUUUCUGCAGUUCCUCUCAGCUCCCUUGCACGCUCUCUACUGUAAAGGCGGGGGAGCAGAGAGGAAUUGUACUGCUCCCUCGCUCGCCAUCUACAAUGCUCCCGCGGACGUCCGGCUCCCAUGCUCCCGCGGGUGGGCAGUCACCUCACCUAAAGGGCUGACAAUUCCCAGGUGCCAGGGCAAAUUUUCCAGUCGACCUGGCGUCUGGGAUUUGUCAAGCCUUGCACUAGAGAUUGUAUUGUGAUAACCAUGACUAAUGUAAUUAUCAAUAAGAGUUUAAAGCAAGCUGAAGUGCUUUGUGUGAAAAGUGCAUCCUCUCUUUUUACCAUUUUGCAAAACGUGUAUAUUUUAAGAGUAAUUGGCACGUUUAUAAAUUAAAAGCUUACUAUAGACCUUUUAUAAUCAUUUUUUUUGCUUUUUGCUGAAGCAUUCACUAUUAAGCACUAUUGAUCUUGUCCACACUGUUAUUUAAUUUUAAAAAACCUAUUACCUAGAUUAAAACUUGCUUUGAAUCCAGCUUUGUGCGAGGUCCUUCAUGUUUCAUUUACACACACUGUCUUUCGUCACACCAAGUCUUCCAUGGUCCAAUUAAAUACUUCUCAUUUGAUUUUACAGUUUCAGUGUCUGAGUGCAUGCGUUCGGGGCCGGUGAGGGGAGGGCUUUAAUUAUAAUUUAAAAAGUGGAAAUGUUGAAAUCAGAGAUAACGGAGAGUACACUGUAGCUUUCCCUUACUGGCUUACUGCCUAUUAGAGAGAAGCUCAUGACAUCUGUCUCCAGCAUGCAGUGCUGACAACACAUGUAAUUUUUUCACUGAAUUGAUAUUAGACAGCCUUGAUCAGAGUUUAAGUCAUGUGUGCCUACUAUGCAACGAACACCCGGCACAAAAGUGUAGGUUUUUCUGUAUGUGAAACCUUUCAAGCAGAAAAGCUGCACAUACAGAUUCCUACCACCAUGAUCACUUCUAAUAGGAAACCUUGCAAGGCUUUCCAUUAAGCUGCCGUAGGAAGUAGGUGAUUGGACAGCCAUAGAAAGUCUGGGCUGGGGAAGAAUGGAAAGGCAUGCAAAGGCUGCAGACAAGAUAUCUCUUGCGUACUGUGUUUUAGAUAUACUCCUAAUUAAAAAAAAUAAAUAAAUACAUGAUUAAAUGCAUGCAUGUUUUUCACAUUAUAUCUACCUAAUAGUGAUUUAUCUUAUUAUUUAUUUUGUAUUUGGGCAGUGGAAUGCCACUUUAUAGAGGCCUUACUCUGUAGCUAGAUCUAUGAGUAAACUCCAAGAUCCUACAAUUGUUACAAAUCGAGCAUAGAAAAUAUCUGCUUGUAAAUUAUAAUUUUUUGUAUUUGUGUAAAUUGCACAAUGUUUCAUAUUGAAGGUUGGGACUGAUUUUUAUGUUUUUUUGUGUUUGUUUUAAACCGUUCCAUACCACUUUAACAGUUACCAUUAUUUUGUUCCUGCUCCAUUUUACCAUUAAUGCAGUUUAACGAAGGCUCAUUCAAUUGAAGUGAGGAAUGGAACCUGUGGGUACUGUUACACUGGUAUUACUUCUGAAUUGUACAUUUCUCAACAAUUCCAUUAAAGAUCAACUGUAGCACUUGUUUUCUUUCAUGCCAUGUUUUCUUGAAGCAUAGUCCAAUUCAUUUUAUGCUCAGACAUAUUUUUUUUUCUUCUUUUGGACAGAAUCUAAAAGCAGACCCAGAUGAACUGUUCAGAAAACUGGAGAAAAUAGGCAAAGGCUCAUUUGGAGAAGUCUUCAAAGGGAUUGACAAUAGGACUCAGAAAGUGGUUGCUAUAAAAAUCAUAGACCUAGAAGAAGCAGAAGAUGAAAUUGAAGACAUUCAGCAAGAAAUCACAGUAUUGAGCCAGUGUGAUAGUCCAUAUGUAACAAAAUACUAUGGUUCUUAUCUAAAGGUGAGUAAAACAUAUAUAAUAACUGUAAAUUGAAGGACCAGCAGUUAUUAACAUCUGUAAUACCGUUAUACAAUAUCAAGAUUUGUGAAUCAGUGAGUUUUUUUUAAUGUAAUAGAUUCAACCUUUUAUUUCUUUUUUUCAGACCAUCCUGUGUUUCCCUUUUUGCUUUGUAAAUGCUUCUAUGAUGUCAUGUCUUUUGGUUUCUGAUAGGUUAAGUGAUUGGUGGAGUAAAUUCCUGGUUUUCAGAUCCUGGGGAUGUGCAGCAUAUGCAGGAAAUUCAAAUGUGCUUUUAUUUUGUAGAAUUUUUAUUUAUUUGUAUGCAGUUUAAUGCUGUGUCUGUAUGAUGCUCAAGAAAAAGAAAAUGGCCAACCCCAGUUUAAAGUAUCCUUUUUAGUCCACCACGCAUUGUGCCUCAUGAGUACAGUAUGAGAAUGUUCUACACAUGUUGUCCUCCAUCUCAAUAAUACAACUAUUGUACUAAUAACACAUGCAGUAGAAUAGCUACCAUCCCAGAAAGAGAGAGCGAAAAUAUAGGCUAAAGAGGAGAAACUCAUACGUUCGUUUGUACUUAUGAAAAAAGACACCAGUCCGGGAAUGAGCUAAUAGAAAAAUAUAAAUGCUAAACUUUUAAGCCCUACAUGACUUAUCGGCAUCUUGUGUGUAUAAAUCACUUCAUGGUGUGAUAUUGCAUGCCCCAGUACCCAUGCAUUGGAGGAAUUAAGGUUUUAAACCAAGUAUUUGGACGAUUAGAAACCAUAAACCAUGUAGUAAAUGCAGCUGAAUGCCAUGCCAUGGUAAAGAUAUUUUAGGGAAGGCCCAAAGGCAAUAACCUAUGAUUCCCCUUUCUCUGAAUUUCUUAAAACUGCAAUAAUUUGCCAAAAUAAAACCCCUUAAAAAGUCUGUGGUUAGAAUGCUGCAAAAAGCUAAGAAAAAAGUUACCUCCGCUCUUCCCAAAUCCCUGUGCAUAUUUAAACAAAUGUAGGUUAUUUAGUUGCUCCAAAGGCCGUGAGAGUUUAGCCCACCUGCCACGUCAAGGCAAACCUCUCAGGUGGGUCCUACACUAAUUUUUCACCUUGCUUCUUUGAGCUUCAGGCAAAGAAAUUGCUAAUGAGACAGAGAGGGGUAUUUUUAUCAACCCUUAAUAAGGGAAGCAUGCGUUGGGCGGCAGCAUUGUAACAUUGUUGUGUGAUACAAAAGCCCUGAAGACCUAAAGGACGCACUAAUCCCCAUUUUCAACUACAUCCUGAACAGGCCCCCUGAGGCAAGGCUAUAUAUAGACAGAGCACACCGUGGCCUCCGCCCCAAACCACCACCAUCAGCACCCCCGAGGGACGUCAUAUGCCACAUUCAAGACUUCCAAUUGAAAGAAGCAAUCAUGAGGGCGGCUAGGUCGGAGAGGACCUGUAGGAUUGGAAGGCACCGAGUGGAGAUCUGUAACGAUCUCUCCCACAUCACCCUACAAACAAGACGGGCCCUCCGACCAGUCACUACUGCGUUACAAGACCAACAAAUCCGUUUCCGCUGGCAGUUCCCAUUCGCCCUAGUAGCACGCAAAGGCACUAUGGAAGCCACCAUCAGGACACCAGAGGAUGUAUCAAUCUUCCUAGAAGCACUAGGGCUCCCACCCAUCCAAAUAAGGGAUUGGACUAACUGCCCCUUAACGACAGACUCAUGGGCAGGCCGGUAAUGCACACAUUCCCUUCCGACGAACAAGACGCGGGCACGGCCCCACCACACCAAGCUGCACCCGAGGAGUAACAGAUGCCUGAAGCCGGAGACUACAUCCAGACCUCUUCCACACCUGAAGACACGGGGUAAAGACACAUGGACUUAUGGACAGGACUCGAACUACCCCACCCCCGCCUUAUUUUGGACUUAUACCCACGACGCUACCACUGCAAGCAUGGAAGAACAGACCAGAAGAGUGCCUGCCCUUGGGAACAGAAGACAGGCAUUAACAAAAAAUUCCAGAGACAAAUACUUUUUUUUUCAUAUAUUUUUUCAUAUUUAUAUUUUUUUUUACAUUUUUUUUCCUUUCUUUUUUACCUCUCUCCUCUCUCUCUUCCCUCCCCCCCCCCGCACUAGCAGGCCACCAAUGCAUCGCAGUCCACUGUGUGCAGAGAAGGCUCCAUGUACAUACUGAGCCCACCCCGCCAAUUAUAUCACAUUGCCACUCACCGAAGAUUGAGCAUACGGGCACCAACCUCUGUAAGCUUGUAUCACAAUGCAAGGGGGAGGGCAGGAUUCAGGGGAUUUGACCUACAUGUCAGUUCUAGCAGGGGGAGGGGGGGGAGACUGAAAUACAAUGUUGCACGUAGGGACUACGGAUGCCAGCUCCCCUGCCCGACACCUGUAGAGCUGUAAGGGGGAGAUUAGCGAGUCCCAAGGCUUACACUGUGCCGCUACUCCCUGCUGCGGCCCCACCUGAAAACCCUCCAACCAUUGGACGGGGACGCACCACGACUGAUGGACUCCGCAUGAAACCACCCUGACUAGAGUCGCGCAACACAUGACCUCAGAGGACGGUCACCACACAGAACACAGAAUUCACCAGGAGGACCGCAAAAGAAAAGCGCCCACACCCUGCCCCACCUACCUGGCCCUGGCUCCCCUGGCCGCCGACACGACGGAGGAGACCUCAAUGCCCCCUUGGAUCCCUCAUGCUCUUCCAUCACUCCUGGCCUCUGGAUGUAACACUCCUCCACUCUGGAGGAACAUACCACACAUACAGACGGCCCAGGCCGAACAACCACACAGUGGCAAAGACCCCCCCCCCCGAACACAACCGCGACACCACUGGCCCAUCCUCCCCGACCCUUCACCUUCCAAUGAGCAACCGACAUGUCGGAAACAUACAAACUGCUAACACGACAGCCCCACAAUGUUGCCCAGGGAACCCAUACAUGUAGCCAACACUACGCAAAAACCUCCUCAUCCAACUCACGAGGGAGGGAAGAAAAGGACCCCCAGACAAGAGCACCCAAUCCACCAACACCCCACAGGUACGAGACGUACGAUACCACCGGGGAUGAUCAACUUUGUACCAUACCCAGACUAAGACCGCUGCCAACCUGGCACAUGGAUCAUUAACUGACAACUUGCCACUGAGAGACCGCAACCCACUCAGUACGAUCCUGAUAGGAAUAGACCUGAGCUGACAGGUGCACACCCAGACGGACACACCAGUGCUCUGCAAAGGCAAUAGCACGCACUCAUACGCCUGCUAAGACUUAGCCCAAAACCCUGGCCGACAGGAUGUGCAGACUGGAUACUGAGAUUUUACGAAUGGCCAAUCACAACCUAGGACAGUUUAGAAAUGAAACGGGUUAGGAACACUACCCUUGCCCAAAAGCACUAUCCCCCGAGUAGGCAACCUUACAUGUAUAUAAAUAUCACAUACUGUACCCCUAGCCAACGCAUAAAACGAGACAGAAGUGAAGUAGCGGGUGGAAGGGACCUAAUAAUAACUGCCUUAGACCAUUUAGGCCUGGGGAGCUAACGCAACAUUCUAAUCCCACCUUGGAAUAUCAGUUACGUUGGUGCAACAGGGGAUACUGGGCACUCUUGUGGAUCAGAAAUGCAAUCCAUCCAUGCACCCUAAGAGCGUUCACUUAAGGAUGACUCUUGAUGCAUAUUCAGCUCGACUUCCUGUAUCUUGUUUUACAUCCUGUUCUAUAUCUUGUGUCAUAUCUUGUUUUAUUUUGUUUUAUUUAAAAAAUGUGCAACGUACCAAGACAAGCAACUCUGUUUCCCAUACAAUGCUUACAUUUCUGCGAUAAGUCACUGCAUACUUAUAUCUGUACCAUUGCACAACAAAAUAAAGAAUGUCAAAAAAAAUGAAAAUGACUGCUUGAAAAAAUCUAUUAGCUUUAUUUGUCUAUUUGUGUUAGUUUUACUAGGAGAUGAAUAAGACUAGAAUUUAGGUAUUUGGCAACCUGUAUGUGAUUUGAACUAAAGACAAGCUGUUGCUUUAUACUUGUAUUUAAAGAGACACUAUAUUGUUAGAAAUACAUACUUGUAUUCCUAAUGCUAUAGUGUCCUUGUUAAAUACAGGUCUCCUCCCCCCCUCACAUUUUCCAUAAAAAGAAAUAAAAUAUGUUCUUGACUUAUCCCGGCGCUACUUGCCUCACCACCUCCCACGCAAUCAUUGAGUAGCCAUGGCCUUCUCCACUAUGGUCUAACCCAAUGCUCCCUAUAGGGAAGUUGGGGACUGAUGCACAUGCAGCAUUCAAGCCUCCCCUUAGGAAAGCAUAGUAUUCAAUGCUUUCCUAUGGACUUCCUUGUCAUGUGACCCAGUUUUACUCGAUCAGGGCAGCGUAAGUGCCUCUAGUGGCUGUCAGUAGGACAUUGUCAGUAUGACAGCCACUAAAGGUGGAUUUAACCCUGAAAUGUAAACAUUGCAGUUUAAAAAAAAAUUAACAAAAAUAUGCAAUGUUUUACAUUGCAGGGUUAAAAGGACCGGUACACUUCACCCAGACCACUUUAUUUAGACAAAGUGGUCUGGGUGACUUUAGUGUCUAUUUUUAUGUUUUGUGUUGUAUCUGUAAGUUGGUUUUAAGUUAAAAAUGAGGCGAGAUCUAUGGGAGCUUUCUGCGUAUUGAGUGUACAGUAAGUUAUGUAGGCCUUAUGUAAUGUAAAAUGGGUCAAGAAAUAUGGGAGUUAUGUGAUAUAGGCGCAAUGUAUGGGAUUUCAGUGACCUGGUGUGCAUAUAUAUAUAUAUAUAUAUAUAUAUAGUCGUUGCAUUUGUAUUCUGUAAUAUUUAUGUAUGGUGUGUUGGUCUUUAUUGAUAAACUAUGUACCAUGUGAAUCCAUCUGUAUCCACCUUCUACAUAUUUGUCCUUGCUCUAUGCCUGCUUUGUAAAUACAUGGAGUAACUGAGUCAGUGUUUAAAUAUGCACACAGACUUUUCCGUGUCUUGUUUUGGGUCUCUUUUAUAAAAUGACUUUGUUCUAUCAGUAAAUCCUAUACAUAAGUUCUACUCUAGUUUGUGCUUUAGAAGAUCAUGUCCAAAUGUAGUAGUUGUAAAUUACCCACAAGAGCAAACAACAUAGUUUGAUAUUAUUAUUAUUAUUAUUAUUUUAUUAUUUAUAAGCUAGAAAACUCCGUAGCGCUAUACAAUGGGUAUAAGUGCAAUGUGUGAGGAGGUGGAACAUUGAGUUGGAAUGACCAACUUGUGGCUUUCAGGGAGACCGUCACUAGAGGUGUGCUUAGCCCCACGGUGAAAAAAUUGCUGGCAGUGCUUUAUAUUGCAGGACUUAAAAGAAACAUUAUAAGGUCAGGAAAACAAACCUGUAUUCCUGACCCUAUAGUGUAAAACCCACCAUCUAGUCCUCCCUUGCCUCCCUAAAUAUAGUGAAAUUUUACUUGUAUUCAAGUCUGCAGCUGCUGUCUCUGCCCCGAACAUCAUCAGAAGUGAUUCUGUGAGCAAAUAACAAUGCGUUCUCAUAGGAUUGGCUGCGACUGUCAAGUAGGCAGAUCAGGGGCAGGGCCAGCACACUUCAAACACAGCCCUGGCCAAUCAGCAUCUCCUAAUAGAGAUGAAUUUGCCUGUUCUUUUGACUGUUGGGUUGUUGGCAAAUUAGAUUAGCAAUUUGAAGGAACUUACUGAAGUUUUACCCUUUGCGAAAUGUCACAUUCCCCAAAAGAAAACAGUAGUUCCUACUUCUCAGAAAUUAGAACAGCAAUUGUUAAAGGGGCACUGUAGGGACCAGUACUACUUUAGUUUAUUGAAGUGGCUAUAGUGCCAUGGCAUCACCCCAUCAAUGGUUUUUUUCAUUUGAAUUAAUUAGCAAACUGAGAGUAUACCUUAAAAGUGGAGGAUGCAAUUCUGCCCACCAAGCCCAGUCAGUCAAGUAUUCAAACUCCAUCCAAAUUCAAGUUCCUCAACAUUAGCAUUGACGUGCAUAACCAUGUGUAAUUUUAUUUCCCACGUCACACAAUCCACAACCCCUAAUAUAUCUUGUUCCUUUCUACCACAUUUAUUUUAUUCAGUCAUGGGAAAAAGAAAGUACACCCUCUUUGAAUUCUGUGGUUUUACAUAUCAGGACAUAAUAACAAUCAUCUGUUCCUUACCUGGUCUUAAAUUUAGGUAAAUACAACCUCAGAUGAACAACAACCCAUGACAUAUUACACAGUCUAAUGAUUUAACAAAAAUAAAACCAAAAUGGAGAAGACGUGUGAAAAAUAAAGUACUUCUUAUGCUUCAAUAGCUUGUAGAACCACCUUUAGCUUUUAUUAAUAGUUUUUUUCUGUAUCACUUUAUCAGUCUCUUACAUUGUUGUGUAGGAAUUUUGGCCCCCUCUUCUUUUCAACUUUGCUUCAUCUAUCUUAAAGGACCACUACAGUGCCAGGAAAACAAACUUGUUUUCCUGGCACUAUAGGGUCUUUAGGUCGUCCCUCCCGCCGGGCUGAAGGGGCUGGAAGGGGUUAAUCACUUACCUUUCUCCACGCAUGCAUUCAAUCAGUCCAUGGGAAAGCAUUUCUCAAUGCUUUCCUAUGGACGUCAGCGUCUUCUCACUGUGAUUUUCACAGUGAGAAGCGCGGAAGCCCCUCUAGCGGCUGUCAAUGAGACAGCCAUUAGAGGCUGGAUUAACCCUAGUGUAAACUUAGCAGUUUCUCUGAAACUGCAAUGUUUACAGCUAUGUUUACAGCUGCAGGGUUAGCCCUAGAUGGACCAUUAAGCUGAAGUGGUCUGGGUGCCUAUAGUGGUCCUUUAAGGUCCCACCACAGCAUUUCAAUUGGGUUAAGGUCUAAACUUUGACUGGGCUUUUGCAACCCCUUGAUUCUUUUCUUUUUCAGACAUGCUGGUGUGCUUGGGAUCAUUGUCCUGUUGCAUGACCCAAUUUCAGCCAAACUUUAGUUGUCUGACAGCUUCAUGUUUAACUCUAGGAUACUUUAGUAUACAGAGAACUUCAUUGAAGACUCAGUGACUGCAGGGUUCCCAGGUCCUGUAGCUGCAUAACAAGCCCAAAUCAUUACCCCUUUACCACUGUCCUUGACAGUUGCUAUGAGGUGUUUAUGCUGAUGCGCUGUGUUUGGUUUUCGCCAAACGUAGCGCUAUGCAUUAUGGCCAACCAUCUCCACUUUGGUCUUGUCUGUCCAAAGGACAUUGUUCCAGAAGUCUUUUGGAUUGUUCUAAUUGUACUCGGUCAGCACCGAAGUUGCUGUUUAGUGGAUAAGGGAGUGCGCUGGAUUUUCUUUUUUAUUGCAUAAAUUGACUCCCAGCAGCACCCUAUUGAUGCAUGUUCAGGUGAGUGCAGCCAAGCCCCUUUUCUCAUAUACAUAUAUACAUAUUUGGGAGUCUAGCCAACUCAUUGGUUUUGCACCCCUCCCUGUCACAGGUGCCUCAUCCCAGGACCCUAUUUAGCCUUGUACUGCAGAGAGCCCCAGAUGGAAUUUUUUUCCCCAAGUAAGUAGCUCAUGAAGCAGACACUAGGCUGUUAGUGUAGGACCUGCCAAAGAUGGGGUACAUUGACGUUGUGGCAGGCUUAUGCAAUGUAUGAUCAUAUAAUGUAACUAAACCCCCAUUAUUUUUUGCCUAGAUUAGGUGUUUUUAAAAAAAAAAAAAAUAACAAAAUCUGUCAGCACCGGAGUCGCUGUUUAGUGGAUAAGGGAGUGCGCUGGAUUUUCUGUUUUUAUUGUUCUAAUUGUACUGUCAUGAACCUUAACCUUUAAUAUGCUCACUGAGGCCUGUAGAGUCCAACAUGUAACUUUAGGUUUUUUUGCAAUUUCUCUGAACAUUGCAUGGUCUGACCUUGGGUGAAUUUUUUGGGGAAAUCCACUCCUGGGAAGAUUGGCUGGCAUCAGUCUUGAAUAUUUCUCACUGUAGAAUGAUUGACUUUAAAUUGUUUGGAAAUGGCCUUAUAAACCUUCCCAAUUUAAUGGGCAGCAACAAUUGCUUCUCUAAGAUCAUUGCUGAUGUAUUUCCUCCUUGGCAUUGGUUAACACACACCUAAAUGCUCCAGACAAGCAAACUGCUAAAACUUUGGCUUUUAUAGAGGUGGUCACACUUGCUGAUUAUAAAUUAAUGAAAGGCAUUUGAUUAGCAGCAUCUGUCUUCUACGUAGCCUCUUAAUUCCUAUAUAAGCAGUAAGGAUGUACUUAGUUUUUCACACAUGGCUUCCCCAGUUUGACUUCAUUUUUGUUAAAUAAAUCAUGACACGGUGUAAUAUCUCAUGUGUUGUUGUUCAUCUGAAAUUGUAUUUACCAAAAUGUAAGACCUGCUCAGGAACAGAUGAUUAUGUCCUGAUAUGUAAAACUAUAUAAUUUAAUAUGGAAAAUGAGGAAAGUACAAAACUGUUGACUUAUUAUGGAUUGAUAUAAGAAUUAAAGAAGAACUUUGUUUGCAAGACUUUGCAUGCUGGCUUUUUUGGGGAAGUAUUAUGUAAUGUGUUGCUGAGUACCGGGCCGAACUGUCAAUAGCGCUGGAGUGCAGUACUGUAUAUUGUGUGUGUGUGUGUGUCUGUAUAUAACCUAAUAAUUGGCAACACUCAAAUGAUUUCCAAAAAAAAGAGUCUCUACCAAUACAUGUCCAACAAAAUUGACAUUUUGACCCUAUAAGGUAAUUACUGAGACCCUAUACGUUUUUGAUAAACCUGUAUUAGUAAAGACUCUUUUUUGGAAGUCUUUUGAAUGCUGCCAAUUAUGUUUGUUCAUCUGUCCAGGGGUGAGCACCUAGGCAUAUUGCAAAUUGAUCUUUUUUUGUUGAGUGCUGGUUUUUCUAACAUAUAUGAGGUCUGUCCGGAAAAGGUCCAGCCAUUGUUAAUAUUUCGAGAAUGGUUUGUGUGACAUCGAUGUAACCUGGCAGCCAAGAGAGACGACUGGAAUGUGCAUGCGUGAACAAGGAUGACUUCACUGUACUAGUUAGUGGGGGCGCUAGACGCAAUUGCGUGAUCAUGUGUAUCUGCAUCAAAUUUUGUGCUAAGCUUGAACAUUCCUCCGUGAAAACUAUUCAGAUGAUUCAGAAGGCUUUCGUAGAUGAUACGGUAAGGGCAGCGUAAAUCUUAACAACAAAACAACCUUCAUUAGAAAGAGAGGACACCCAGGGAGGCAUGUAUUAAGUCUAUCACUACACACACACACACUUGAUAUUGAAGUCUUUUUGUCAUUAGGGAUUUGGCUAAAGAGGUAGGCUUAUGGUACAGCAUUCUGCAAAACAUUUAUGUUUUUGCGCAAAAACCAUAAAGAUUUGAGCUUGCAAAAACAACAAAGAAUACAGCAUAUUAAAGAAGGAACACUAUAGUGUUGGGAAUACAAACAUGUAUUCCUAAGACUAUAGUAUUGGAAUAAAUGUAGAGGUCCCCAGCCCCCCUCUUUGUGCAUCGAAAAUGUGAUAUUACUUACGUUAUAUCACCCGGACCUCCAUGGCUGAGAUCAUUAAUCUUGUCCCUUUAAUGAGACCUACAUCUAUCAAAUGCAUUAAAAUUGAAUUUAUGCCUAGAGUGUCUUUUUAAGCUAUUGUAGCCAUAACCAAAUAUUUUUUUUUUCCAAACAUGUUAUAAAAUGCAUUUCUGUUGUAAUAUUGGAGUGUUGGUUAGUUCAUUAAUAUAUGUACGGUUUUAUUUAAUUUUACCAGGACACAAAAUUAUGGAUCAUAAUGGAAUAUCUCGGAGGAGGCUCUGCACUGGAUCUGGUAUGUACACAAUUUGAUCACAUAGAUUUUUAUGAUGUAUGCCACUUAUGUAUUGUGCUUUGUCGGUGAUAUGUGUUACCUUUUUGUAGUUUCUGUUUUGGUAAAUGGAAAUGGUGUGAUUGUAUAAUAUUCAAACUAGACAAAAUUUACAAAGUUCUACAAUAUUAUCCUUUUUUUUUUUUUUUUCUUGGUUUGGACUCUCCUGUGUGGUUUACCAUCAAGUACAGCUCUGUAUACGUUGAAUUGUUUAAUUUGGCCAUUUCAAAUGAUAUCUAGUGGUUUUAUGAAGUCUACUACAUGUUGAAAUACAAUCUUAUAUACAACAGGUUUUUAUAUUGAACUAAAUAACUUACUUUGCCAAGCUCAUUGCUGAUUCUAUUUAUCUUUUAGCUGGAACCUGGUCAGUUAGAUGAAACUCAGAUUGCAACAGUCUUAAGAGAAAUACUGAAGGGACUUGACUACUUGCAUUCAGAAAAGAAAAUCCACAGAGAUAUUAAAGGUAAACAAAUAAAAAAAUUUCAUUGCAAAAACUUAAAGUGGUAAUCAUACCGUCAAAUAUGACGAUUAAGGUAUUCUGAUUUAUUUAUUUAUUUAGCUGCCAAUGUCUUGUUGUCCGAGCAAGGAGAAGUAAAACUUGCUGAUUUCGGUGUAGCUGGGCAACUAACAGACACUCAAAUUAAGAGAAAUACAUUUGUUGGUACACCAUUCUGGAUGGCACCAGAGGUCAUAAAGCAGUCUGCGUAUGAUUCCAAGGUAAGACGAACAAGCCAUGAUUUUUCUAACAUUGUUUGUGACCUUUUUUUUCCCCUUUUACUUUGUUAAAGGAACACUAAAGGCACCCACACCACUUCAUCUUAACCAAGUGGUCUGGGUGCGAUGCCCUUUUACUUUUAGCCCUUCAAUGUAAAACAUUGCAGUUUUGUAGAAACUGCAAUGUGUACAUUGAAGGGUCUUCCUGACCGCUACUAGAGGUGCUUCUGCCUCCAGAGCUGAGUCACACUUGGUCUGUCAAUCAAGCGCUGCUCAUAGCAGCAUUUGAUUGUUGGAGAAGUGCUUCGAUUUUAAAUGGCAGAGAAUUGAACAAUAACCACAUGGGCUUGAUCUGUACAUCAAAACCACUUUAUUAUGCUAAAGGUUUUUUGGUGUUUAGAGUCUCCCUUUAAACAUAUGUCGCAAACCUGUAUUCUGUAAGUUAUGUAUUUUAUUUCCUUACAGGCAGACAUCUGGUCAUUGGGUAUAACGGCUAUUGAACUCGCGAAAGGAGAACCUCCACAUUCAGAAUUACAUCCUAUGAAAGUAUUGUUUCUUAUUCCCAAAAAUAACCCUCCCACGCUUGAAGGGAACUACAGUAAAUUCCUCAAGGAGUUUGUAGAAGCCUGUUUAAACAAAGAACCUAGUUUUGUAAGUGCGCCAGUUAUUGUCUUUUUUUGUCAUGUGCAUGCACAUUGUAUUCAUUUCAUAUAUAGUGAGUACAGUGUUCCUUUAAACCCAGUGAGGUAAAUGUGGAUGCUACAUGCAGUGUUCAGCAUGUCGUUGAGAUUAAAAUGGUCCUUUGACACUGAAAAUACCCUUAUCGUAUAAUGAAACCAGCCUUCAACAGUUUAAUAUGUAAACAAGGGUUAGAUCGAGGGACCCUAAGCAUCAUAACAUGUAUGGCAAGCUGGGUGGCUUUGUUGCUUAAAGUGCCACUUUAAUAUUGUCCAUAAUUGUAUGGUUUGCGAGUACAUGCUUAUACAGAGCACAUUUUGUGACGUUCCGCAGCCAGUGUAAUACAGCAGGAGUCACCAUAAUAUAACAGACCGUUCCAGAGGGAUGUUUUAUUCCCUGUUUCAGCAGAACCUGGUGACUAUUUGUUCAUGCACUAAUCUUUUUCACACAACCUUGUUGUCUGUAUAUAAAAUAUAAAUUGUUUGUAUGUUGUACAGUCCUCCCUAUCUUCUCAAACAUCUUAUAAAUUCUUGAGUGGUACUUUUUAUUCAAAUUGGAGUGUUACUUGCCACUGCUGUUGACUCAAGCCACACAUGCCUUCUUUGUGUUGUCCCUUAAAUGCAGGCAGUGCCCCCACUCUCUUAUUGUAUCUGACUUGCUUUGUAUGUCUUUAGAGACCUACAGCUAAAGAACUUCUGAAACACAAAUUUAUUAUCCGAAAUGCCAAGAAAACGUCUUAUUUGACAGAGCUCAUUGACCGAUACAAGCGUUGGAAAAUGGAGCAGGGCCACGAAGCAUCCAGCUCCGACUCAGACGGGUAAGUAUUGCAUCACAUUGCCUGAUUAACAUGUAAGAUAAAUCCUAUGAUUUAAUGAUCUAGGGUUCAGAAAAUAACUAUUCCUUAGAUUGCUGCAUGUAGAGGCUGGAGCUAUAUUUGUCUAGUUACUUUAUAGUUUAUGUAAUUACAUAAUUAAGUAGAACAAGUGCAUUAUUGUGUUUUCUUCAAGUAUCACACAGGGUGCCAAAGCUAUCCCAAAAUGUACUCCAGACAAAAUGGACAUUAAAAGGAGGACUGGAUGUCCACAUGGAUUUUAGGUUACUUGUGGGCAUUACAUUCCCAAACAUUCACUAAAAUCAUUUUGAAACACACACUAGAAGUUGUCCAUAUGUUUAUAUAUUUUUGUGCAGUGUAUAAACGCAUGAUAUACUAACUGCUGAAGCUACUUAAAAUGUAGCUAAUAAGGAAUUGUUUGAGCAGAGCCUUAUUCUUCAUUUAUUUAUUUAUAAAUGUAUUACACCCUCCAACCCCCCGGUCAUUUAUGUUGCAUGACAUGUGGGCUUGAACGCUAUAUAAGUGAGUUCAUUAUUCUUUUUAUGUCUUGAAAGUGUGCCUCUUAAUUUUGUUGAGCUGCAAGCAUCACUAGGCAGAACUGGCAUCUGAAGAUAGUCUGACUCUUCAUUGACAUUUAAAGAUGAUAAAUGGUAAUCUGUUUAAACACACCUUCUAAAUCUACAGUAUACUAUUUAUUUAUUGUCAAACAGUGACAUUCUUUCUGUUAUGAAGACCUUAGUGAUACUAUGAAUCUACGUAAUUAGCUGUAGGAAUAGAGACGCUGUAUAGAGGCAAAUUGAUCCUUUGAAUAGCUAAGACAGUACCUUUCUGUACAGGUAAUAAAUGUAAAAAUUUUAAAUAUUUGUAUUCGAUGUGGGAAAAUAUAUAUAUUAUUUUUUUAUUUUAUUAUAACCUUAUUUUCUCUCUGUUUCUCACAAUAAAGUGACGGUGAAGGCCAGGCUUCAGGAGGAAGUGAGAAGGAUGACUGGAUUUUUACCAGAAAAGAACGAGACCUCAAGAACAUGGAAAACGGAGAAGCUCAAUUUGAAGAAUUAGAGACAAAUCAAGUAAGACUUUUUUUAUUUGUUGUUACUAAAUUGUUGCCUUGGCUUAACGCUAUAUAUAUUUUUACAUUUCCUCUGAAUAUUCUUUUCAUGUCAUUACUUUUAUAAUUAAGGAGUUGUAUGUGAUGUUCAAAUAAUCAAAAGGCCUUUCUUAAUUAAUUUCUCUUGUGACUCUCCAAUAUUCUUUAAUUGUAUUUUAUUGAUUUUGAGCUUCUAGUGAACAUACAGCAGAAUGGAGAUUAACAGUAGACAUUUCAAGACCAUCAAAGGAAAGGACAUAACAAUAACAGUAGUGGCAUGUAAAAAGAAUGCCAGUGGCAUUCAAACCGCCCAUAGGAAAGCAUUACUCAAUGCUUUCCUAUGGACAUCCAGCGUCUUCUCACUGUGAUUUUCACAGUGAGAAUCGCGGAGGCGCCUCUAACGACUGUCAGUGAGAUAGCCACUAAAGGCUAGAUUAACCCUCAGUGAAACAUAGCAGUUAAAACUAGAGGGACCUGGCACCCAGACCACUUCAUUGAGCUGAAGUGGUCUGGGUGCCCAUAGUGGUCCUUUAAGUGCAUGUACCAUAGGCCAGAAUGAUGCUGAUGAAUGAUGACUCCUAUCAGGUUAGAAGGAGUGUGUAUCUGUACAGUUUCAUGCCAGUUAUAUAAACCUUGCCAAAUUAAUUUGGACAUUUAAUUCUACCAAAGAAGUAAAUUUAUGUAAAGAAAAGUUUUUGUUUAUCCAAAUAUUUUCUAAACAGGUGGAGCAGCUCAUAAAUGACUGAAUUACAAAUGUACAAAACAUCCCCAAGAGCUACAACUGAAUAUUUAUCAAAACAUGUCCAGUUUAACAGUAAUAUGGACCAACAUACAUUUCAAAAUAACCUUCACUUAAAAGUGAUGUCAAUUGACAAAUUUUGUAAAAUAACAGUAACAUAGUACCAGUUCUUCUAGAGAGAGAUUGUCCACCAAAAAUCAAACAGUGGAAAAUACUGGAAAAUGCAAAACAGAAGUAUAUUUUUACCCUGAUAUUUAUCAAUGGUUUUAAAGUGACACUAUAGGCACUCAGACAACCUCAUCCCAAUGAAGUGGUCUGUGUGCAAUGUGCCUGUCCCCUAAGCCCUACCAUGUAAAACAUUGCAGUUUCAGAGGUGCUUCCUACAUUUACACAGAGUUUAACUCUGUGAAAUGAUGCUGGAAGUCCUCACGCAUUGCAUGAGCACGCCCAAUGUCUUCAAAUCUCCAUAGGAAAGCAUUGAUUCAGUGCUUUCCUAUGGGGAAGGCUUAAUGUGCCUGCGACACUUGCCAUUAGCUUCUCCCCAUUGCUGGUGGAGGUGAAGACGGAGCUAGUGCCGAGGGAUCUCAGCGCUGUAAUCAGGUAAAUGCUUAAAGGUUUGUUUUUUAACCCUUUCAACACCCAGGGGGUUGGAGGGACAGAAAAUAGGUUUAUUGCUGAAGUACACUAUCGCAUUAGGAAAACUGUUUUGUAUUUCUAACACUAUAUUCUUUCUGUAAUGGACGUCAAUUACAGUCACUUUUAACAAUGUUGAUACAAUCCCUCAUUUCUGAUACAUUUUGACCUGACAUUUACCAUUAUCUGAUCUGUGAAAGUGCUUAGUGAUGUUACACACUCAGGUUUCAGUCAUCACAGUUCUGCUGAUUUUGAGCGGAACUUUAAUGGGACCAUCAGACAAUUGGCAACACCUCAAAGAACUUGAAAAAUACUUGAAUAUACUUUUUCUAACAAAUACCCCAAAUUAUUUCUUAUUUACUGUGCAUGAGCAGAAGAAAUAUCUACCACCUACACCUAACACUUUUUUGUUUAUUAAAUAAUUAAGGACAAAUUAGCACUGUAACUAAAAUAUAAUUGGAAAGAUCAAUAGAAUAAUAAAUACACGUGUGCUGUAUACCUGAAAAGUCAGUUUCGAGUUAACUUUAAGAAACACAGACAGCCUCUACACAAGAAAGUUUGAAAGGAAAAAAAUCAUUAUACAAACAACCAGAGGCAACGGGGAGAAAGGAAGAGGGGAGGUGGGGUUAAAAAAAUAAUUUAAAAAUCUGGUGCAUUUUUAUACUUGAGAGUAGCAAAUAAUUCUCUGACAAUGCACUUUUGGAUACAAAUGGCGAUGUAUCAGUCCGUCCCUGCUCCUCCUGUUGCCCACAGCUGUUUGUACAAUGAUCAAAUAAAUGUGUUUGCAUUUUUUUCUCAAGGUUUGCAAAUUUAGCAAUCUGUCAUCAUCACGCUGUGCAAUCUUGUUUGAGCUUGACUUGAGGUGACAGUGGAUUAAAAUAUACGAAAAUAUAAAUCGGCAUGCUGCACCAUCUCAUUUGCAUGAUUUAGUAGAUGGUACCCAUGAGAUAGUUAACGCGUGUCCAUGAGAUACUUAUCUUGUGUGCAUGUGUCUGCUAUUUUGUGGGCACAAUCUACUAAUUUGGACACAUCAGAUAAGCAAGGUUGGCACUUCUCUAAGCACCAACCCCUCCCUCUGCUGCUUUAGCCUGCUCCAGCCACUGCCUGACCUCCAACAUGGCGGCAGAGUCGAUUGGCCUCUCAAAUGAUCUCAUUGGAGGAGCCCAGCCAGGAACUGGAGUAGGUCGACGCAACAGACAGAGAGGUGGGUACUUAACGAAAUGCCAGCUCUGCUGCCCCCUAUAUAGUUAUCUUGUGUGCAUAAUUUAGUACAUAUGAGAGUACUUUAUUGUGGCCGCAAAAUACCUAAAGAGUGCACACACAUUAAUUAUCUUGUGGGCACAACCUACUAAACUGUGCACAUGAUGCAAAUGAUUUAAAAAUAUUUUUAGUUUGUCAACAUUACUUAGAUAAUUAUUUAUUUUUAAGGAACUCCAUUGUAUAAUUGUAAAGUGUUGACGCUAUAUAAAUGUUAAUAUUAAUAGGAAUAAUGUAGUUUAAAAACUGCCAGUUUUUUCAUUCCUAUUGUAAGUUGGCAAUAUCAACCUAACAAGCUCAACAAGGAAAUCAGAUUUUAUUUGUAAGUAGAUGAAAUGUUUUCACUUCAGUAGCAUUACCUACAAAAAAAAUCAUCAAUUCACUUUGAUAUAUCUUAGAAAACGGACCAUUAGUUGGUAACGUACCAAUGCUGUCUUCUCCAGAUAAUAAUGUAGGACAAUUUUACCAUUUAAGACAUAUCACUUUUAUUAGUAAUUUUGUCUUUUCUGCAGGCAAAAUUAUCUAACCAGUAAAAGAUAAGACAAAAUAAUAUCUUUAAUUUGAAUGGUCUUUUGAAAUGGUGUGUUAUAGCCUGGUUUCGUGUGUAUUAUUAGCCACACUUUAUAUAUCUCUGGCCCUUUAAUAUUGUAACAUGUAUGCAGAAUGGAGAGUUAUUGUUGACACUUACAUUUCUGGUAUUUUGUGUGGAAUAUGAGAAAGGGGUCGAUUUCCCUUUAUGUGAUCGAUUUCCCUCUUUCUGAUUGACUGCAUUUAAAGCGACUGCAAAGACCCCCAGUGAUGCUAUUGCCGCUUGGGGAGCAGUGGUCUCAGGGUGCAUGGAAGGUGGAAUUUACUUAAUUGAAGCUGUCCCUCGUGGCCGCUAUCAUCUUCUGCAGAAUUUUCUUCAGCUCCUGGUGCUUCAUUUGCCAGGAGCCCAUGUCAGAGCUGUAUUCUAGCGAAUGCGUGAGAGUAUACCGCUGACGUCUGCAGAGGAUCACGCAAGAGCCUCCUUAUACAUAGCCUUUCCCCCCUCAGCCUUCAUUAGUGACAGAGGUAGCUCUGCCUUUUGUCAAGUGUAGGAAAAAUACAUAAAACAACGUUUUAAUUCUGGUCUCAGUGAUGCAUGAUAUCACAUAGUAGUUAAAAUCUUUUCACUGCCCUUCUACUUUUUCUUUAAAAUUUGUAAAGCAUUAUGGAAUUUAUGUUCAGUAACUACAAAUGUUGAUUAUUGUAUUUUUUGCAUUCAAGGUUAAAGACAUUCCAAAGCGGCCUUUGUCUCAGUGUUUGUCUUCAAUAAUGUCUCCUUUAUUUGCUGAGGUAUGUAGCCUUCACUUUAUUUGGACUUCUAUUUGUGUUACUUUGACCUUAUUUUAACAACCAAGCAGAUUCAUGUAUUGAUCUGAAUUUCAUGAAGAAUAUCUGCAUGUUUGCAUUUCAGUUGCAAUUGAAAUUCUUGAUUAUGUUAAAUGGAUCGUAAAGCUAAAAUGUAUUUUUGUAUUUUAGAAUGUGCAAAGCCUGGCAUAUCUACUACAGUUUAUAUGUGACAUAAAAUGCAUUCACUCAAUAAAACCAGAUUGUUCUAACACUAGACUUUAUGUUUUGAUCAGAUCUGUAGAGGCUCUGUGCAAGGUCUAUUUACCUAUACAACAUUACAAACUGUCAACCACUAAACGGGGAUGACAAAAAUGCCAGCUUUCAUCGCAAAAUAGUUAAAUAGCUAAAAUAAAUGUUUUCAGAUAUUUUUUCCCCAACACCUUGUUUCAAUAGGCCUUGUGGUAAGCUAAGACGGGAGAGAUCAUAUUAGACAUGUUCUGAGUACAAGCACUUUGUUAACGAUUGUAUUUAUAGAUGAAACUGUGAUCUGGCUAUAUUUGUAACAUUAGCAACAUUUGUAUUUUUAUCUAAGCCACUGAAACAAUUCCUUAUUUUUUACUUCACUCUAGUUGUAGUGUAUUGUCAGUCGACCAGAAAACACAAUUCAGUCUGGUAACUACUGGACAAAUGUAUCCGGCCCAUUAUAAAAUCUUAUAGUUCUGAUUUCUUCACGAUAGCUUUAUACACAUUCCAAGCGGUCUUUUGAAAAUAAUGGGAGCAUGCUGAUUGGCUGAGCAUUUCCUCAUCUGGGUUUACUACAGAUGCUGGAAGACCUGGAUGUUUGAAGCAAAUGUAGGAUCCUCAUAGCAGGCUAUUUUUGUUUUAUAUUUUUUUUUUUUUUUUUUUUUACCUCUAUGUGUGCAUGUCUUAAUGUAUUACAAAUUAAGAACAGCCUCAGCUUUGUGUCUUUUUAAAUUAUUUAUUGUGUAGGGAAGAACAUGGUAUGCAGUGUCCAUCAUAUGUUUUAUUCUUUCUUUAGUUGAAAGAUAAAAGUCAAGCAUGUGGAGGCAAUGUCGGGUCAAUAGAGGAACUGAGAGAGGCUAUUUAUUUAGCUGAAGAGGCCUGCCCGGGCAUUUCAGAUACAAUGGUAUCCCAACUCCUUCAAAGGCUCCAAAGGUAAGAUAAAACAUCUAAACUCUGGAAUUCAGCGAACUCUUACAUUACUGCAUAAAACAAUUGCUGGAAUUCAAAGUUUAGGCCAAAACAUACCUAACUUGAAGAAUCUCUCAAUUUCUUGCAUAUUAUCCUCAAAUCUCUGAUUCACUAGUAUAAACUAGAUGUACAUUUUCUGAUUAAAUAAUUAUGUAUUUGGCUAACCACAGACCGCUGGAUAUCCAUAUUAUAUCCAAACAUGUUUAUUCACUAAUGUGAGAAUUGGUUAGAAAUCAAGGUGAAUUUCAAAUGCAAGGCCAAAGUAGCUGAACUUAUUAAGUAGCAUAUCGGAUAUUGUCAAGUACAGUAAUGCUUGCUAGUGGAAAUCCAUGCCUGCCCUGACAUUGUAAUAUAUAUGGCAUUUCAUGGACUACAUAACUUAUCAUGCCUGUUAGUUCCUUGGAAUCCUCUCACUUUUAAUCACUGAUCUCUUUUAUUGCAGGUAUUCAGUCAAUGGAGCAAAUUCUUCAUCACACUGAAGAUCUUUGUUUUAUUCCUUUAUACGACACAUGGACCUAUCAUUGUUCUCAUCAUACGAUUUCCCUCUGUUCACAGAAUCACAGAAUGAGGACAUACUGGACGUAUCCAUGACUCUUAGAUUGGGUGUCUUCUACACCUUAUUAAAGCUAUCAUAUUUAUGAUUUACAUUUUUUUUUUUUUUUCUAAUCAUAGUGCAAAUAUAAAAAAAAAAAAAAAUUAAAUACAAAUGUAUAUUAUGUAAGGCAGAUGAAGAUAUUGUGAAACCUCAGGUAUCUUGCUUUAAGCAGUCUGCUUUGUUGCGAGAUGUAAUAAAAGCUCUGUUGGAUUUCUGUACAGAAAUGUAUAUAGCAUCAUUUUUACUGGAGUCCCUUGAGCAUGCCUAAGGCUACCCUGCGUGCAAGCGGGGAAGUGCAUCUGUAGAUAAUGUUAAUUGAUUAAAUAUUUAACAGGCCAUAUACAAGUCUUACUUUUUUAUCACUUGUAAUUUUUAAAUGAUGUGACAGGUGAAUUUCAUGCGUUUGUUUUUCUACUUAAGAGCUGUGUCCCAAGAGACGAUUGUUACAUGUAAUCGGUUUGUACCUUGAAACAUGAUCCAUUGUAAAUGUACAGUAUUGAUCACAAUCCUUGGAAAUAUGAAGUUUAGCGUUUAGAAGAGCAUUUUGUAAAAUAUCUACCAUUUUAUUUGUGUAUGCUUUACAACACGGCAGUCACGAGUUUUCAUGACGUCUUUAAUUUAUAGGUUUUGCUUGUUUGGAAUUUUCGCUCAGCAAGAUGAAGUUUGGUUCUAAAUCAACAACGGCACAUCGUACACUGGAAAAUUACAGUUAUUUUUAUUAAGCAAUGUGUAAAGGAGGCAGAAGCCUUUUAAUUAAAAAUAAGAUAAUUUUUACAAUCUGUUGUCCUUCCUAGUCAUAAGGUUGCUGGGCUUCAACACAUGUUUGGGUUUUAACAGGAUUCUAG